CUUCUAUGUGGAACAGUGUCAAAAGCCUUAAUGAAAUCUAGGUAAGCAAUGUCUACUGCACCACUCUGAUCUAUUAUUUUAGUUACCCAAUCAAAAAAAUCAAUGAGAUUAGUUUGGCAUGAUCUCCAUGAAAUAAACCCAUGUUGCCUCUGAUCUUGAAAUCCAUGUGAUUUUAGAUGUUCAACAAUCCUAAACCUUUAACAUGGUUUCCAUUACUUUCCCCCUACUGAAGUAAGGCUUACUGGCCUGUAGUUGCCCGACUCCUCCCUACUACCUUUCUUAUGAAUGGGUACAACAUUCGCUAAUUUCCAAUUUUCUGGGGCUACUCCUGUUAACAAUGAUUGGUUAAAUAAAUCUGUUAAUGGUUUUGCUAGUACACCACUAAGUUCUUUUAAUAACCAGGGCCGGACUGGCCCACCGGGAUACCGGGAAAUUUCCCGGUGGGCCGCGGCACCUGGGGGCCGGCCGCAUUCCUGGCUGGAGCCGCCGGGCCGGGUGGCAGCUUCCCCGGUCCGGCAGCACUCCUCUCACUGCUGUGGCUGAUGGAGGAGGAGCAUGUCUCUGUACCAUGCUCCCUCGCGGUUCCCGGCACAGGAACCGUGAGGGAGUAUGGUACAGAGACAUGCUCCUCCUCCAUCAGCCACAGCAGUGACAGGGGCAGGGCCGCUGGACCAGGGAAGCUGCCACCCGGCCCAGCGGCUCCAGCCAGGAACGAGGCCGGCCCCCUGACUUCUCCAGGUAAAGGGGGGGGAGAGGGGAAUAGAGGGAGGAGGGAGAGACACAGGGAAAGGGGAGGGAGAGGAAUGGGGGGAGACACAGGGAAAGGGGGGAGGGAGAGAGAUGGGAGAGACAGGGAAAGGAGGGAGGGAGGGAGAUGGGAGAGACAGGGAAAGGAAGGAGGGAGGGAGGGAGAGAGAUGGGAGAGACAGGGAAAGGAGGGAGGGAGGGAGAUGGGAGAGACAGGGAAAGGAGGGAGGGAGGGAGAUGGGAGAGACAGGGAAAGGAGGGAGGGAGAGAGAUGGGAGAGACAGGGAAAGGAGGGAGGGAGAGAGAUGGGAGAGACAGGGAAAGGAGGGAGGGAGAGAGAUGGGGAGGAGGGAGACACACGGAAGGGGAGGGAGAGAUGGGGAUGAGGGGAGAGACACAGGGGAAGGGGGAGGGAGAGAGAUGGGGAGGAGGGAGAGACACAGGGAAAGGGGGGAGGAAGAGACAGGGAAAGGGGGUGAAAGAGGCAGAGGGGGAAGAGAGAGACAAAGGGAGAAAUGAGAGAGAGACACACAAGGGGAGGGGAAGAAAGAGGCAGAGGUGGAAGAGAGAGACUGGGAAGGAGAGUGGAGACAUUGACACAGAGGAGCAGUGAGGGGGAGAAAGAAACAUACAGAGUGACUGGGGGAGACAAAAAGGCACACAGAGGGGCUGGAGAUAAAGAGACACACAUAGGGGCAGUAUAUAUCACUGGUGGAUGGGGGGGCAACGGGCCCCCCCCCAAGGCUUUCCCCUGCCGUUCCACAGGUACCGUGCAGCCAGUCGGCAGGGGAGGAAGAGAGGACCUGGGGCAACGCUGCGGCUCUCAUGAGGGUGAACUCUAGCCCUGGAGCUACGGGCUAGAGUUCACUCUCACCACUUCCUGGUAGUCCCAGUAGUAGGAGUGAACUCUAGCCCCAUACACACACUGCCCCACACACACACACACCAUACACAUUCACACACUGCCCCCACACACACACACCAUACACAUUUACACACUGAACCUUUCACACACCUUGCACCACUGCUCCUAUACCCUACUACAGCCCCAUAUCCCAGCAGACUCCAGGUAAGUUGUCAAACUGUUCUUAAACGGUUUGACGACUUACUCUGGGAGGGGGUGCCGACGCUCCUGGCACCAUAACCACUACACAGAGGAGUAGUGGUUAUUGUGCAUGGAAUGUUUCUUUAAAUAAUCUACAAGUGCCCCUCUCAGGCUCAGGCUCUGGAUCCGCCACUAGUAUAUGACAUGUAUAUUAAUGUGUGUAUUAGUUAUAUAUAUAUAUAUAUAUAUACCUAUUAUAUUUACACAUAUUAAUGUACAUUUAUAAAUGCAUAAUACACAGAGAAAUUUCAUUAAUAUGUACCAUAUGUAAUGAGCAGAUAUUGGCCCAGUCUUAUUGCUAGGUGCAUACUCCAGCACAAUAACAUAUUUAACAUAUUUAAAGUGAAGAGCACACCUCCACAUACUGGUCUCUGUUUGGACUAAUGCAGAAGCAAUGAUUAGACAACAGUGAUUGAAUGAAAGUGUUAGCAUUCGCUCUUAGCUUAUCACUGGCCGCUAAUUGCACACAAAUAUCCAUACAUUUCUAUCACUGACUAAUGAUGGGUGGGCAGUGAUAGGCUGAGUGCGUCAUGUGAUGCUUUCAGCCAAUCACUGCUGCCUCCUCAUUGCUUGCACUAAUGUGUCCACAUUAGAUGGAUUUAAUUACAAUUCCAAUGCAACUACUUAUGGACAAGACUUAAGUUGACAAAAGGCGAAGCUCUGCUUUCAACUUUUGUCCAGUCCGUCAAAUCACAAGCGACGUGUGUGCGAUUCAGGCAUUGAUUUAAAGAGGUUCCUAUGGUCUUACGGGACACUCUUGCAAGGGUCAGGUUAAGCUAAAUAAAUCCCACCUUCCCUGCACACUGCGGCCACUGCACCCUGACCAGGUCUGUCAUUUUGGGGGGGUUUAGCAAAAUAUGCAAAGUGAGAAAUUCGUUUUAAGCCAUAUUCAGGGCUUGGGCAGCUGUGGUAGCCUAGCUUGGCAUCACACCAAAAAGUGUCUCCAUCUGUGCUCUGGUAAACUGCUGUGGAAUCACUCCACCACAUGGGAGUAAUGUACGCCCCCUAAAGCACUUUAGCUUGCUGUAAUACUUUAUGUGUUCUCUUUUUUAUUUUAAAUAAAGCGCAGAUUUAAGUAGAAAUAGGCAAUUUUAUAAAUUAACCUUGUUACACCCCCCCAUAUUGAUAACGAGUCCAGGAAAGAUGUUAAACAAGUUUGUUUCAGUUUCAUCUGUGUUACUUUGGUAGCUUCCCCACCUUCCUUCUUGAUGCCCAUUGCAGUGAUUUUUUUUCUGUAUUAUUUUGUUUGUCCCUGGGCAUGCCAUGUUCUAAGUGUUUUUAUAAAUUUGCAUUGUAAGGAAUUUUUUUUCUAUGGAUUAAUUUCACAAGCUCUUCUGAAUGUCAUGUUGUUAGAAAAUGCUUGUUAAUCCCCCUGGCUCAUUAAGCUGAAUUGAGAAGUCUAUGAUUGGACAGCCACAGAAGGUCUGGGUGGGAUUAGAAGGGGAUUAGAAGGGGAGGUCUUGCAAAGAAAGUAGUCAAGAGAGCUACAGUGAUGGUGAUACUUAUCAGAUUCUGUGCCCUGUGGGAGCUGCCAACUUCUUUCUUCUGCUCAUGAGGCUUUGUUCAGAUCAUUUCAUAAAGAUUUUAUCGAUAUGAAAUGCUAAAAAAAAAUAUGACGACCGAACAAAUUACUUGAAACAUAUCUAUUUAGGAAAACUUAAAGGAACAAUUUUGCGUAAGGAAUAAAAAUAUACCUAACACUAUAGUGCCCUGGUGGCCAUUUAGGUGACUAGCCCUCACCUGUAGUAAGAGAAAAAAAGUUUCUGCAAUUGACCCGGUCUUCUUGGCUGAGAUCAUCGAGAUUGAUGAUCUCAGCCAAUCAAAUGCUUUCCCCUAGUAACACACUGGGAGGCUAGUUCGCAUGUGCAGCAUCAUGCAUCAUGAGACCAUCUGAAAGAAAUAGCAGAUGUUUACUCUGCUCUUUCAGAGAAAGUACCACCAGAGGCAUUUAAACCCUGCAAUAAGAACAUUUGCCAUUCUGCGGAAUUGAAAUCUUCAUCUUCGCAUAAAUCAAUAAAAUCUUCGCAUUCAGCUCCACUCAGAAGCUCGAUGGAGAAGGAGAGGUCAGCAGUGCCGAGGGAGAAUGGCACUGGAUUAAAGUAAGCAAAUAAAUGGUUCAUUAACCAUUUAUUUGCUGCAGAACGGGGCCCUAGUCACCUAAACACGUUAGAAAAUACAUAUUUGCAUUCCUAACGCUAUAGUGUUCCUUUAAAUAUAAUGAAGUCUUUCUUUUUAGAAAACACGUAUACAUAAAGUGAAUAGAUCAAAAAGUGUUGAAGAGUGAUAAAAACUAAGAGCUUUAAGAGGCAAUCCUAGAUGGGUCUAACCUCACUACUCUAAUUUUUUUGGCCUAUUGGUUCCCUUACUUGUAACCACACUUUAUCCCUUUUUUAUUUUCAACACUUUUUGAUCUAUUCACUUUAUGUAAAUAUGUUUUGUGUCUCCUCGUCUGUAGUGAUCAGGAAGGUUUGCCUUGACUGACGCUCUCAGCUUAUCACUGCCCUCCUAUAGUGAGUAUACCACUGACAUCACUGCCAACCUGCAUGUUGAACAUGGGGCAUCCUGGAUCAGGGGUUUCAGGCAGUUCAUACCAGUUUCUGACCAUACUUUCUGCAAGUCACAUUACAGAAUACUGUUGAGACCAGGAAAAUCUUCCACUGUUUUUUCCCUCACAUUUGGCAUUCUUGAACCAUGUAACCUCAUCAUCGACAUUAGCUGACAAGAGCUCUUCAGUUGUAAAAAUUGCAUAUUCCCCUAUGCUGUUUGACACAACUCUGUAUGUAUCGUUAGUUGAUAAUUGCACAUUCUGCUGGUCACAUAUCAUUCACCAUGGUCUGCCAGUAGGUAUGGCUAUUACUAUUAUUAUCUUAUUGUCAUGAUUAUUAUUGACACCUAUGUAUUUCCUACUUAGUCCAUAGCGCUUUGACCUAUGCUAAUAUCUGAGUCAUUAUGUUAACAAGGACUUUGAUCAAGCAAGAUUACAAUCUUUCCUCUACAUCUUACCUGUGGCAAACCUCGCCACUUAUAGACUAUUGCAUAUGUGGAUAUCAUAAGGUUUGCUGGCUGUAAGAACUAAGUGUAAUGUGGUAUGGGGCGUUCAUGCGAACGAGAGCGUUCGUAUGCUUGUAAUGCGUAAUACCCAGCAUUGCCUAUGCAGUUUCACGAACAGUGAGUUUAAACACUGUUCGUAAAACGAAUGAACUACCGAAUGGUCGACCACACACAGGAGGUCGUGUGGCGCCCAUUAACCGAUUGCAACAUUGUUGCAAUCGGUAGUUAAAGACUUCCCUAGGUGGCCGUCGUUCGGCUACCGACCACGCGGCGUCAGCCAUCUUGAUUCCUUUGUUAGCCCAGCGGGGUUUUGCCGUCGAGCGCCUGGAACUAAAAACGGCUACUCGACGGCGCGAACACCGCUGGACUUCCAGGCCGUUCGGUAGUUUGUUCCCCUAAUAUCAAUCGCUAUUUUAACAGUAUGUUGGAAAUAAUGUGUGUUUCGUGCGGCGUUCGGUUAGUUAGACUGGGAGCUGAGCGGUAUUUCCACGAACUAUGCGCUCAGCCUCCAGCUAUCUACCGAAUGUCCAUUCUUGUAAAACAAGUGAAUAUUAUUAAAGUUAUGUAUUUUAAUGUAGAAUGUAAGUUCUGCUGCACGGAGGGAUAAUCCCAUUAACUGUAUAUUCCAGUGGGAGUAUCCCUCUCGACCAGCAGUGCAUGAUGGGAGAAAUGUGUGUGUUGGUCAGUUCCCCAUGUAGUCCCCUACUGUACCCCCCUGGAAUGUCAGUAGGGAAACCCCUUGCAUGGGGAAUCCCAUAAAUACCGUGACCUGUGAAUAAAACCUCAGUUGACUCCCAGCCUAUGUGUCGUCUAGUUCUUGUGAAGGAAGGAUUAUUACAACGCUACCGGGAUUAUUGUAUGCUGUGCUUAUUCCCCUGGAUUAUUUUAUGCUGUUCCUUUUACCCAGCGGAGAUAUUGUGGAUUAUACUACCUCUCCGCUACAUUACCCCUACUCAAUUAAUUAAACAAUGUACUCACAAAUUUCUUACCUCUGUAUUACCGGAUUGUUUUAUAUACAGGAUAAUGGUUUACUAAAGGUUCCAUCUACAUGAUUGACAUCAGGUCACCUACGGACUAUGCAUGUUUUAUCCAUGUGAAGUCAGCUUGAUGUUCACUUUAUUAACUUUUUGAAGUGUCUGGACCUCAAGUAGGUCCUUUUGCUGCAAACUGUGUUUUACUACAGAGAGGAGAGUCCCUUUACAUAUUUAUGAUGUAGAAGGCAGGUUCUAAGUGGGUUUUACUAUGUUUAGUCACAUAUGCAUGCUCCACCAUAGGUGCGUCAGACAUCCUGUGUAAAGUUUCUCCUAUUAUGUUCGCUCUAGUUUAUGCUGUCUAGGUUUAGCCAUAGGCACGUUGGCUGCACAUGUUUAUUCAUGGCUGUUAAUCUACAGCUGCUACAUAGAUGUCAGUUCUGUGUAAUGUUUGUCCUAUGAUUUCAGGUCAUGAUAUUCAUGAAAUGCGUUAUUCAGAGCAGCUGGCUUUGGGUACGGUUACUUUAUAUAUGCUAAUACAAACAAAGCAUGGUUCACUUCAGGGGAAGACAGUUACCAAACACGUGCUUUGGCCUUGUGUAUGUUUAAUUACUGUCAGUAUGAUUUUUAUAAAUAGCAUCAAUCACUCAGUGCAUGUUUUCCAAUUCAUAUUUCAUCAUGUUAGAUGCUUGGCUUUGAUAUGGCAAUGUAGGGUUGCCAGAGGCACAAAUUCCUUGCUUCUGUGCCUGAUUUGUUGACAUGAAUGUCAGUUAGUUGGUACUUUGUCUGGUCUGUAUAGGCUCAUGAUAGCAUUAGAAAGAACACUAUAUUAUGGGUAGCUCACAUAACCAUCAUCUUAUAUGGAAAAUACCCAUUGUCAAAUCACUGCUGUCGAGGUCACACUAGAAGUGUGUUAUCUCACACUGUCAGGUAUUUACACUUUUUAGUGUUCAUCAUCGCAUUAUCCACAUUUUAUAGCUGUAAGUUUGGUUCUCUUACAAUGCUCACAGUAUUUCACUAUUGGAAUGUCCUUCUACUCUAAGCAAUGUUUUGUAUAGAAAUGUCUAAUUAUUUUUUACUUUUUGUCCAUUUGCAUCUCAUUUAACCACUUACAGUGUUCGCUACAUAUGUGGCUGGCCACUUCAUAGUCGGCCUAUUUUAACACAUCCAUCCAAGUUAUUCUUUGUGGUAGUUUAGUCUACACUUCGUUAGUACUCCUCGUUCACGCUGUUUAUGGCUUAUCCAUGUCCAAUAUACACCAAGUGUCUAUUAUAUCCAUUAGCUUGCAUAUACCCCAAUUUUCUAUUACUAUGGUUACACGUAUCACUAUAUGACUGUCGAAUAAUCCUGUGCUUGUAUUAGCUACCCACCUUACUUGCAAUGAAAAAUAGUUAGCAAGCUUUACCAAUCAUAGAUGAUAUGCUAUUAUGGUUAAUCACCAUGCAUUACUUUUCACAGUGUUAGGGGGUUCACACUAUAUUGCAAAGUUCGCCUCAGGUCAAAAUCCAAUUAUGGGUAUAGGGAUUACCUAAUCCUGCCACACGAUUGCAUACUUCUGUUGGAGUCGGUUAUAUUUACUGUAGUUUCCCAAGCCUUCUAGUUCACACACUUAAAGUUACUUGUUACUUCAAUCACUAAGCUCACAGUGUUAUCUAGUAAAACUGGCAUAUUUAUUGGGUUCCAAUGACAGAGUGACAUGCAUUAGUGCUUGUAACGGAUCGCCUGGCACCCCGACUGGGUACCUCCGUUGAAGGAUGCUCCUAGCGCUUCCUGAGGACUCCAAGCACUCUGGCAGACACCACAAUCACCGAACCGGAGAAACAAAUAAAUUCUCCCAAGCAUAUGAAUGCUGUAGACAGUUGAAUAUCAACCAUACAAAUAGGUUUACUCUCCUAUCAGUCAAACUGGAACAGCAUACAAUAAAUCCUUCCCCCAAUAAUGAGACGACACUUCACUUUGAGGGUUAAAACAGGAACUCAGGUGCUGGCACACCCAGCCUGGUUUUUAUUACAGUCUUUGCAAAUACAGGACCGCCCACAGGGAGGUAUAAAACAACCAAUCACAUAUCAGUUACCUGGCUGGCAGCAUGGCUAUCUGGCCCAAACUGGUUUCAGAGUCUUCUAUCCUGGAGAUAAUUAAGAAGUAAUGCAAUUAUCUCCAAGGACAGAGGCAAAACUCCAUUAGCCACAUGGCAGACAAAGGACAACAAAAGACAUAAAAAUACAUACUGUUACAUUUAUCACAUAGAACCUACACAUUUACAAUUUACCGAACACAUAAUAGCAUAUAUAAUAUUGCAGACCGCCUGAAUGCAAUCUGCUACACAGUCUUAAAGGGACAUUGUUCCUAAAAGUCAUAAUCUGUCCAGGGAUGGUUUUUAAAGGGCCAGCAGCAGCACCAUGCAAAUCCAAUAUGCCCAAAUAUUGUACUUGAAGGGCCAAAUAACCCAGGGCCAUAGUCAUGAGGCAAUAGGCUGGCAAUCAGGCUCCUCCAACAGACAGGGGAAAAUCCGGUGACAAAAGGCGUUUCGUCACACAUAUCACCUUUGGGGGGGAGACUAACCAGGCACUGAGUUAGUCGAUAAACCCACCCACAGUGAACAAGUACAUGAGUAGCCCACCCGCAACACACAUUUACUGCACCUGGGUAUUCCUCUGAGGUCACUGGGUAACACGCUUUGGGUGCUUGGGGGGCAGAGGCCAACUGCGCUCUGCCCCGAUGCCAGCGCUUCGGCUGGGGCAGCUGGGUUAGGCCUUGGCUGGGGAGGGGAAAUAGUACUUACCCCCUCCUCCUGGUGUCCCUGCAAGGGUAGUUGGGGAUCUGGACAGGCUGUCCAACAUCCCUGUAAGUCGGGUGCAGAGACCACGGUCCCAUCUGCAUAGUUGUGGGGCUUAACAUCUCCCCUUGGUGGGUUAGGCUGCCGCUGGAGAGAGGGUGUAACAAGCUCCUCUCUCUGAACUGUAGACUGCCGCUGGGGAGAGGGGGUAACCUGACACUCUCUUUGCUGGUGGAGAGGGGGACCAACUGCCUCCCCUUUCAAUAUUUUGUCCUGUGGCUGGGGUGCGAGACAGACGGUCUCUGCUUCCUGGGGUACACACUCCCGCUGGGGAGGAAGGACAGCACCUUCAGCUCCCUGGGGUACACACUGCCGCUGGGGAGGAAGGACGACACCUUUGGCUCCCUGGGAUACACACUGCCGCUGGAGAGGAAGGACGGCACCUUCUGCUCCCUGGGGUACACACUGCCGCUGGGGAGGAAGGACGACACCUUCAGCUCCCUGGGAUACACACUGCCGCUGGGGAGGAAGGACGGCACCUUCUGCUCCCUGUUGUACACACUGCCGCUGGGGAGGAAGGAUGACACCUUCAGCUCCCUGGGACUCACACUGCCGCUGGGGAGGAAGGACGGCACCUUCAGCUCCCUGGGAUACACACUGCUGCUGGGGAUGAAGGACGGCACCUUCAGCUCCCUGGGACACACACUGCCGCUGGGGAGGAAGGACGACACCUUCAGCUCCCUGGGAUACACACUGCCGCUGGGGAGGAAGGACGACACCUUUGGCUUCCUGGGACUUACACUGCCGCUGGGGAGGAAGGACGACACCUUUGGAUCCCUGGGACUCCUUUUUGGCCAAAUCUACUAGAGAUUGCAGGUAUUCUCCUACUAGUUUCCUGGCGAGCUGCACGGCUCUCUCUGGGGGGUUGGGUCCAAAGUUAGACAACACCUCAUUAACCUCUCUGUCAAACUCCUCCUGAGUGUAGUCAUACGCCAUGCUUGCUCUGCUGAAGUUAGUUCUUUUGUAGAUAGGGUCGCUGUACGGAUACUAGCGUUGCCUUCCCUUUGUAACUCCAAACGAACUGUGUCUCUGAGCUGCUUUACCUCGCACUAGGAUGCCAUCCCACCGCUUGCCACCAAUGUAACGGAUCGCCUGGCACCCCGACUGGGUACCUCCGUUGAAGGAUGCUCCUAGCGCUUCCUGAGGACUCCAAGCACUCUGGCAGACACCACAAUCACCGAACCGGAGAAACAAAUAAAUUCUCCCAAGCAUAUGAAUGCUGUAGACAGUUGAAUAGGAACCAUACGAAUAGGUUUACUCUCCUAGCAGUCAAACUGGAACAGCAUACAAUAAAUCCUUCCCCCAAUAAUGAGACGACACUUCACUUUGAGGGUUAAAACAGGAACUCAGGUGCUGGCACACCCAUCCUGGUUUUUAUUACAGUCUUUGCAAAUACAGGACCGCCCACAGGGAGGUAUAAAACAACCAAUCACAUAUCAGUUACAUCCCACAUAUUCCCUCCACUUAUCCUGAGAAGAAACUCAAUUACACAUACAGUUAAAACAUACUUUUUACCCAACUUUCAUAACUCUAAAACUAUACAUCACAUUCACAUAAAAUUACAUAUUCACAAUCAAUCCAUUCAGGGGAACAACAUAUUAAAAAAAAAUGGCAUGAAUCAGACCAGGGGUUCAGAAGUUAGCACAAGUAUCUUUUAUGGCCUGGCUGGCAGCAUGGCUAUCUGACCCAAACUUGUUUCAGAGUCUUCUAUCCUGGAGAUAAUUAAGAAGUAAUGCAAUUAUCUCCAAGGACAGAGGCAAAACUCCAUUAGCCACAUGGCAGACAAAGGACAACAAAAGACAUAAAAAUACAUACUGUUACAUUUAUCACAUAGAACCUACACAUUUACAAUUUACCGAACACAUAAUAGCAUAUAUAAUAUUGCAGACCGCCUGAAUGCAAUCUGCUACACAGUCUUAAAGGGACAUUGUUCCUAAAAGUCAUAAUCUGUCCAGGGAUGGUUUUUAAAGGGCCAGCAGCAGCACCAUACAAAUCCAAUAUGCCCAAAUAUUGUACUUGAAGGGCCAAAUAACCCAGGGCCAUAGUCAUGAGGCAAUAGGCUGGCAAUCAGGCUCCUCCAACAGACAGGGGAAAAUCCGGUGACAAAAGGCGUUUCGUCACAGUGCUGUCACCACACAAAUGACUCACUUAUCCUAUCCCUCCCUAGCACGUGCUUUAUGGUAGCAUGGGGUACUGACAGGAAAUUAUACUUAGUUUGUUCUGGCUGUUAGGUAGCACUUUGGCCUUGGGUAGCAUUUUGGCUUCUUGUUUCACUAGAUAGCAGUCCCGCAAGACCAACUACCAUCCUCAAGCAUGGAGCUAUUCACCCCCUUUCUCAAAUCAUAGCUAGUGCCUCACUACUCCAUCCUCUUCACAAAAAAUAUGGGGUCUCACCUGUCAAGGACAAUCUAUCUUUAACCAUGUAAAUGUCACCAAAAGACCAACUCCCUGCAACAGCAAUUGGUGGCAUACGUCCAACACAGCCCAACUCAUAUGUAGUGCCAAGCAUUGCUGUAUGGCAACUGGUAAGGCCUUCCCAGUCACCAAUCCUAAUUUAAUUUCUUCACUGCUUGGCAUAAGUUAGAUCAGCCUGUAUAUGUGUGAAUAAUGCAGUUUUGGUUUACAGUACAGGGUCUUUGUGUCAUGAGAUUACUCAGGACAAUGGUUUGUUGUUUUUCUAUCUUCUUCCUCUGUUUCUGGUAUUUUAAGACACCCACAACACCACCUUACUACUAGUAACCUGUCACAAUUCUUUUUCUACUGACACAAGUUAGGGCCAAACCAAGGAAGCGGUAACUAGGGGUGGUGACAAUGAUCAUGUACAGUUAUGUUUUACAAGUCUAGUUCAGAUAAUUUGUCAAGACACAUGCCCAACCAGGGGUGUAUUUACACCGAUGCAAACAAGGCAUGUGUCUUGAUGAAUUAUCUGAACUAGACUUGUAAAACAAGGCUGUCAGCGGCGGCACUUUCCGGGCGGGCAGCGAGGGAGCACUAAUCCUCCUGUUCAGCUCCCUCGCGCGCACCACAGUGAUGUUGGAGCCGGAAUAUGACGUAAUUUUGGCUCCGGCAUCACUACGUGGUGCGCGAAAGAGCUGAACAGGAGGAUUCGUGCUCCCUCACCGACUGCAGUAACCGUCCGUCCGUCCAGCAGCUCCACUGGACCCCAGGGAAAGUGAUAAUCCACCCCAGCAUUCCCAAAGGAAAGGAGGCUGGGGGGAUUGAAUUUAAAAAAAAGUGUGUUAAUGUGUAGUUAUACAUUGUAGUACCAAUUGAGUACAUUCUGUCAGUUUUUUGGGAAAAGUAACAUAAUCAAAAGAGUAGUUAAUAACAAAACGAAAGUGUAACAUAAUGGCUCUGCGAUUCCAGAGGGUAUUCGUUAUGUCCCCUAAGUGGAGAUGUCAGGUGCUUGUGUGAGUGGAGUUAUGUGUGUAGUUGGGUGUCUAGUGCAGACUCUAGUAUUGCUCCCACAAUUCCCAUACUUUGGUAAAAGUGGGGAUGGUGUUUCAGACCUGUACGGUUAACUUGUCCAUGAGAUAAUUGUCUCUAAUUUUCGUGAGAACUAGGGUCUUGUGCGGUAGGUCCGGGCUAUCCCAUUUUUGCGAGAGUGCUCUUCGUGCCGCCAAGUACAGCAUGUUAAGCAAUUUCUGUUUGUGGCGAUUAAGUCCCUCAGUGGGUCUGGACAACAGACAUCCCCAUGGGUCUAGUUCUAAUUUUCUCUGGAGUACCUGGGAGUUAAGGUCUACCACCUUUUCUCAAUAGUCCUUUACUUUCGGACACUGCCACCACAUGUGUAUGUAGCUGCCUUUGUCACCACAUUGGUGCCAGCAGAUGUCUGUGGGGCUUAGCUUAAUGUGGUAUUGUUUUACUGGUGUCAUGUACCACCUAGAGAGUGUCUUAUAGCUUUGUUCUUGGAGCGUGACACACAUAGACACUUUGGUGCAUGCCUCCCAUAUCUCCUGCCAGUCUAUUCCCUCAAGAGCCUCUCCCAGAUCAGCUUUCCAUUGACCAGUGUAUCUGAGGGUUCCCCACUCCCCUGAUUCCGAGCUAAUGUGUUGGUAUAAUAGCGUGAUAUGUUUGGUCUGGGUCGUUUCUUCAUAGCAUAGUUUUUCAAAGAACGUUAAGGUUUGUUUUGCAGCUACUCGGAUCUCCGUUGUGUGGGCAAAGUCCCUGAUCUGUUGGUAGCGGAAGUAGUCCCUAGUCUGGAGUGGGGCUUUAGUUUUUAGGUGAUCGUAUGUGACAACGUCAUUGUCAAUAAAUAAGUGAAUGUAUUGUUGUAGCCCUGUGGCUUCUAUGCCCCUGAAGUCCCUAGCUCUGAGUCCUGGGGGGAAUGCGCGAUUGCUGAGAACUGGAGUUAGUGGGAACGUGUCGUUCCCUAGUGAGUAUUUACGCUUAACUUGAUCCCAUAUUUGUAGAGAGUUAAGGAUGGCCGGGCAGGUGCUUCUUAAGAUGGGUCUCUGUGUUUUGGGGACCCAUAGAUAGAAUUGUGGCAGGUCCGCUCCUGUCAGUAGCGACUCUAUGUCCACCCAUUUUCUACAGUCCGGGGGUGAGUGCCAGUGAAUUAUCUGGGCUAAUUCAGCUGCUAGAUAGUAGUGGUAUAAGUGGGGGAGGCCUAGGCCCAAUCUGUCCUUGGGUCGGUAUAAUAGGUUACGAGCUAGUCUAGGCCGUUUAUUCUGCCAGAUAAAGGAGAAUACAAACUAACUUUCAAAGUGCCAACAUGGCAAUUAAACCUGAAUAAUGAGGUUUAAGUUUAGAAAAAAAAACUCAUACAGUUGUCCGAACUAAUUAACAUCUUUUGUUUUAAAAGAAGAACACAACAACAGAGAGUUCAAUGAUACAAACUGGAUUUUAUUGAACAUUAACUGGCUACUUAGACACACACAUACUCACAGAUACACACUGACACUCACAGAUGCACAUACACUCGCAUAUACACACUGACACUCACAGAUACACACACACACACACACACAUGGGCAAACACACAAAUUGCAAUUUACAUUUGUUAACCAUCCUCUGCUCCCAUACCUUUUGCUUGCAGGGAGGUUAAUUCCUGGGGCUGGCUGAUGAUGAUGGGAGUCUGAAGGAGAAGCUGCAGAGUACUCUCUCCUGCCGCCUCCUCCUAUCUUAGUUGCUUUUUCAGUUUCCUGUCACCCCGCACGGUCUGUAUGCUGGGAGGAAGUAACAGUCACUUCCUUCCAGUACUCUCUGCAACAUUACAGGGGCCUGGUCUGCCAAAGGGCUGCAGCACCCGACCGAGCCCCUGACGAGGUAUUUCCACUAUGGGAGCUGCACUAAUUUCUCGGGAGGAACAAUUGCCCUGUUGCACCACCCACCCCCCACCCGGAUCCGCCACUGCAGCUGUGGCGCAGCUUAGCUCAUUCCGGGACAGCUGCGUGCCAACAGAGAGCGCUCGGCGUGCCUGUUGUGGCACGCGUGCCAUAGGUUCGCCAUUGCUGUACUAGACUGUUGAGCCACAACUGAAACACCAAACUUCCCAACACUUCCAAUGUUUCACAGUCUGCAUUCAGGAGAUAUUUUCAGAAGCUCUACAAGUCCCCAAACUAUUCAUGGCCACUGCUAUAUAGGGUUCCCCUUAUUACAGUAAGGUGCAUUGCCUAAUGGUCCCUUUAAGCCUUGCUUUUAUUAUAGACGCAUACUUAGCAGCCUGUAGUAACCAUGUUUCGUGUAUAGAUUAAGAAGUUGGUCUGAUUAAUUCAGUAGCGUAUAUAAAACAGGUACCACAACUGUGGAAAAAGACAGGCCACUAAAGUUGACUAUAGCAAUUGUUGCAUUUUGACCAAUAACAGAUGAGAUUGACAAUAAAUGUAUGCUCUCUUUAUCUAUGUCUACCCGUUGCUGGGUUUUGGCAUACCACAAAUGACUGGUUUUACUCAUAUGGCUCUAACCAAAUUAAUUUCUUCUUAUUAUUAUUUAUAUAGCGCCAUCAGAUUCUGUAUCGCUGUACAAUGGGUGGACUAACAGACACAUAAUUGUAACCAGACAACUGGACGUACAAGAACAGAGGGGGUGGUGGGCCCUGCUCAAUAAGCUUACAUUCUUACGAGUUGUAUUCCCAAACCGCAAAUGUGAAGGCAGCAUGUCUGGGUUAUCCAGCCUUUAUCACCACUCCUCCACCCCAGCUACCUCCUGGCAUUCCAUCAGUUUUCAAACCCCACCCACCACUCCCUUUAAUUAUUCUUUCAUUAGGUGGGCAUUCUAUUUAUUUAGGCCUACAUGAUAGCAGGUUUUGACACACUACAACUGACUGUGGCUCCAAAUUUUAUUUUUACUAUUUUUACAAGAAUACAAAUAACUUACCUAAAAACUUUGGUACACUUUGUAGAAAUUAAUGCAUGUAUAAGUUUGGACAUGAAAAAGCAAUUAAACUGAAGAAUAUAUACAUAUAUAUAUAUAUCUACAUACCUUCAUAUACAUGUGCACACAAACAUAUGUUUUGAAUAAUACACUUUACAAAGAGAAAAUGCCAUAUAAAGUUGUAAAAUAAAAAUAAUAAUCAGUGUGAUAUUUUCAAGUUAAACAACUGAGAGCAAGCGAUCACAGACUGAUAAUGUUUUACACCGUGUUUUCUAUUUACUUUUUUUUUUUCCUUCACAAUAUUUUUUUCUUCUUUUUUUAGAGAGCGAAUGUUAGUGUAUGUGUCCGUGUGCCCCCCCCCCCCUCUCUGUCUGCUCCUUGUGGCUGAGAGAGAGAGAGAGACUCAUGCUGCUCUCUCUUUCUCUUUCUCUCUCUCUCUCUCUCUCUCUCCUCUCUCUCCACUGCCAGCCCCUGAUGUGAUGGCGAAGAAACCCCGUUGACAAGGCACUGCUUUUUCAUGACGGUGAGUUUCCCUUUGAGUGUAUUAUAAUUUUGUGAUAAAAAUUUCAAGGAAAAAAAAACACACAACCUCCUUCCUCCCUUCCUUCGGGGAGAGGGAAAAAAAAGGAAAAGAAAAAAAAGAGAGAGAGACGGGGGAAAUCUAUCUGCAGACAGACAAGAAAAAAAAAAAAAAAAAAAAGAGGAGCAAGGAGGAUUUUUUUUAAAUUUUUUUUUUUUUUUUUAAACCCAGAUGCCAAAACCAGGAUAUUAGGUUUCAACCCAAAGAGCUAUUGGCUCUUCCUCUCCUUUUUCCCCCCUCUUCCUCCUCUCUCUCUCUCUCUCUUUUUUUUAAUUUGGCAGAUACAAAAAAAAAAAAAGAGAGAGAAAGGGCUGUAGAGAAAUAAUAAAAUAUUUAUUGAUGGCAAGAUCUUAUUGUUGUGCAGAGAGGGGGUUGUUGUUGGUGUGGAGAGGGGAGGGUUUGUUGUUUUUUUUAGUUUUAGCUGGAGGUGGUGGUAAAGUAAAGUACAUAGUAUCCUUUCCCUUUUUUUUUUUAAUGAAAUGAGGUGGCAGCUUUUAGGGAGGGUGGUAUAUAUUCCCCCCUUUUCUUUCUUUUUUUAGCUGAUGCAAAUUGAAGAAGGGGAGGAAAACAAACUCUUCUUUCUUUCUUUCAAUGACUCAUUGAUUUGAGCCGGUUUAAAAUUAGGUUUUUUUUUUUCUUUCCCUCCCACCUCCCACCCUGGAUCACCAUCGGGGAGGAAAAAAUAGAAAAAGAAAAAUAAUCUUUAGCAAUCCCCUCCCCUCUUCUCUCUCACUACUGUUCGUGUGGCUAUAAGCUCUUUGGAUCCGGGCUGCGGUGACUCUGUGUACAGACAGCGAUAUUAUGGGAAGACAUCGGUCAGCGCCGGGGGCUCGAUUUUACACUCAGCCCGGGAAUGGGCGCCUGGCCGCCGGCCUGUGUGCAGGAAGCCGCCGGAGGGCCCUGUGUGGAUGGUGCUCGGAGGGGAGGAUUAGUCUGAGCUAUUUUGCUGCGCUGGAUUGUUAUUACUAAUGAUCACCGAUGGCGGACAGUCUGGGGGGAGAUUUGUCUUGUUUAUUUAUCUGUGAAAUGUCCGCUCCAGGCCUGGCGGUCGGUCGGUCAGCCUGAGACCUGCCGGACUUACCUCACACACCGACCGUUUACACGGCUCGCGAGCUGCCGCGGCUUGUUUGCACAUUUUUAUUAAACUGAUUUAUCCGGCUAAGUCACCUCAUAGCUUUAUUAGUCUCCACUGUUAAUAAUAAGCCGCCAUUACUGUAACGGCCUCGCUCGCCCUCUGUAUAUAGUGUGUGUAUAAUAUAAUAUGUUCGGCGGCCUGCCCGCCCUCCCGCUCACUGUGUUUUCUGAUAAACCUUAUAAUAAUAAUAAUAAUAAUAAAGCUAUUUCGGAGCGCGGUGUGUGAUGUCGAGGUGCGCUGUUUUUAUCUCUGUAUUUAGUGCUAGAUGCCCCCUGGGUGGGCAGUUUGACGAGGUCGGGGUGGAGGGAAGAUGGCGGCGGCUGCUGGCGCUGGGCCAGGCGGGAUGGCGCACUUUGUAUCGGCCUCCAUUUUAGCCCCUGUGUCUGUGUCUCUCUAACACACACAGUCCUGCUAACUAAGUACGUGGAUAGCCUUUAUCAAAACUUCCUUUCACAAUCUUUAUAUUUUAAUCUGUUUACAGAGUGAUUCAGUAAACCAAGAGUCUUUUGUAAGCUGUAUUUAUAUACAUUGUUUUAAUUUGGGUUAUUCACCUAAAAAUGUGGGGUAAAUGCUUAUUUGACUGAUUUAAUCGUUUAACUCCGAAUUGUACCAAAUCAAAAUCUGAAUGACAAAUGUAAGACCAAAAUAGCUCACUUAAAUAUGCCCCAACUCCACAAGAGACAAAACUUCAUACAUUAUUAUUUUUUUUUUUUUUUUAGUCAUUCAGAUUGUAAUCUGCUACAAUUAGGGUUUUAGUGAAUCUUGGCCCCCCCCUUUUCCCCCCUAUGGCUACUUGUUAAAUCUAAAAAAAAAAAAAAGUGAAAAUUACUUUAAAUUCCUGCUUAAGUUAAGAUUAUUGUCCAUUUGUGUACUUGUUUCAGUGAAUACUUUGUACCACCUUUUCUAAUGUGUAUAUACUUACUGUUGAUAUAUGUACUUUGCAGAGUAUUUCAGUAAAAUCUCUUGAACAAUGUAUAUUUUUUCCUGUUUUAUUAAUGUUUGUUUACAUGUCUCUUAAGUUGUGUAAACAUGUCUUUGUAAUAGUAUUAUAUUGUAGCAUUCUACACCAUAAAGAUCAUUUUGCGAUGAGUUUAGUUAUAUUUGAUUGUAUAAAGACUUAAACCAGUCAGUAAGUGCACUCAGUUAAAUGUAUUUCUAAAUAAAAUUGGGGGACCAUGGGUUGCCAAAGUAUACUGACAGCCAUGGAUUUGGAUAACUGAAUUAGUACAAAUGUCCUGAUCAUAGUGGGUGCUGUGGUGUACAAAAUGAAGAUAUGAAUUAAUGCAUUUAGCUAUUUUAUAUGUAAUGGAAACUUAUUUGAAUAAAAUAGCAUGGCUUGAAGUAUUUGAGUUUAGAGUCUCUAGACCAGUAGUUCCCAAAUUUUUCAGGUUCAAGGCGCCCUUAAUAUUUUUAAUAUUUCUCCAAAGCGCCUCAAGUCCAAAUUUUUUUUUUAUUAAAGUUUUAUAUAUGCACAGCGCAGCAGCAUAUACUGGGCCCUUGUUUGGCAGCAAUGCUUGCGUUCAAGCGCAAAUUUAGAACCUAACCUUGAGAGGGGCAGUGGUAGAAUUUUAAAGAAAAAAUCCAGGCACAAUAACCACUACAGCACUUUCUAGUGGUAAUGGUGCCAGCAGUCCCUGCCAGAGUAAGUAGUAAAACUGUUUAAGAACUGUAGAAGGGUAUUUGGGUACAGUGUGUGCGUAUAUGGGAGGAGUUAUUGUGUGGGGGUGGGAGGGCAAAUUCAUGUGUGUAUAAUUUUUUAUUAAAAAUUUCAUAUAAUCCCUGGUGGUCCCAGUGGUGAGAGUGAACUCUAGCAGCCUCCGGAGCUACUAGAGUUCGCUCUCCUGAGUUUCGUAGCGUUGCCAGGGUAACCACGGCAACGCGCCAAGCACGCAAGAGGAGAACCCAGUGGAGUUGCAGGUUAGAGCUUCCCUGGGGUCCUCUCUCCCUCCCCUGCCUGCUGCAGCAUUACACUGCUAGCAGGCCAGAGAGGGAGAUCUCUGAUCUCCCCUCUGGUCCUGCAGAACCGGCAGGGGAGAGGGAGGCACAGUUCCCAGUGCUAUGAUCAUAGCACCAGGAAAAUAUCUCGCGGCUCCCCUGUGUGCUCCUUGUGGCGCCCCAGCACACAUUUUUGCUCUAGUCACAUAGAGCCAGAAUUUAUUUUGAUAGACACCCACCCACAUACUAUAAAUAAGAACUCUCAAUGAUGGGAGUCUUGGAUUCUUUGCAGGACCCUCUCAUUGGGUUAUGUCUGUCUGAAUUGUUGAGUGAGGAUUGGGGGUAAGGUAGGUAGGGUGUAAGAUAUUUGUAUAUAGCCCAAGUACAAAAUGGGGGUCUAAGGAAGAACAUGUGGGACUCUCCAUGAGCAGGGCCGGUGCAAGGAUUUUUGCCGCACUAGGCAAACAAAAAUUAGGCGCCCCCUCAUAUGCUAUGCCCACCAUGUGAUAUCACAAUGCUCCACCCAUACGAUCUGCCAUAAGAGCCAACACCAGUGCUGCACACAGUGUCUUUUCUCUGAAAAGGCAGUGUGUUUACAUUAAAAAAGCCUCAGGGACAGGCUAUAGACACCAGAACCACUCCAUUAAGCUGUAGUGGUUCUGGUGACUAUAGUGUCCCUUUAAUGUGAGGUAAAUUUGAGAUUAGUGCCACUAAUAUUAUACUGGAUUGCCUACUUACCAACAGAUGAGAACAAGAGGAUGAUGGGCUCAGGCUGCAGUCUGGCUCCACUGGUCUGGUGUUAAAACAGGCUCUCUGAAGGCAGUGCUCGCAAAAAUAAACAGGAAGCAGCUCCAUUUUUUGGGGCUCUUAUACAGAUCACGGUCUGGGCCCCCAGAGCCUGAAUGUGAGUAUGCCUACAAGCCCCGCCCAUAAGCCUUAUGCCUACAAGACCCACCCAUGAGUUCGCUCACGUGGAGUGGAGUGUAUGUGUGUAGGGGAUGUUAUUGUAGAGGAUGUUAGGUGUGUGUGCUUAUGGAAUGUAGUGUAUAGGGGAUGCGUUGUGUGAAUCUGUGUUUGUAUGUGUAUGUAAUGUAAUGCAGUGUGUGUGUCUAAUGGGUGCAUUUAGUGUGUGAAAGAGAUGCAUUAAGAGAAUCAGUGUGUGUAAUGGAGGCAUGAUGUGUUUGUGUGAGUGUAGGAGGCAUUGUAUGUUUCAGUGUGUCUGUAUGUGCAUAUGGAUGCAUUGUAUGUUUCUGUGUGUGUGUGUAGUGUCUUGGUGUUGUCCCAUCCCCUCCUGCCCCUUAGUGCUUCCCCAUCUGUUAGUGAUCUCCCCUGCCCCCUCCCCGUUCUCAUAGUGCUCUCCCUCCUGCCCCUUAGUGCUUCCCCAUCUCCCGUGCCUCCCCUCCCCUCCUGUCCCUUAGUGCACUCCUCUGCCCCCUCCCCGUUCUCAUAGUGCUCUCCCUUCAGUCACUUAGAGUUCUCCCCCCUCUUGGUCUCUCCAGCCCCCCAUCUUUCCCUUGGUGGUCUCUCCCUCCCUCCCCCCCCCAUCUUCCCCUUAGUGGUCCCUCUUCCCCAUUUUUUUCCUUAGUGGUGUCUCCCUCCCCCUUAGUCUCUUAGUGGUCUCUACCCCCCCUUCCACCCCUUAGUGGUAUCUCUUAUAUCUCCCUUUGUUGCGUCUCCUCUCCCUUCCCUGUUGUGCCUCCUACCUCAGUAUAGCUUGGCUGGGCGGCGCGGACCGCGGUACAGGUGCUUGUGUUUUCUGUACCCGGCCGGACUGAUAGGAAGUGCUCACUGAGACAGCACUUCCUUUCAGUUUGACCGGGUAUAGGAAACGCCAGCUCCUGUAUCAUGGUCUGCGCUGCCCGGCCACGCUACAGAUAGUGACGGGCAGGAGACAGCGCUGUGCACCUCCCUCCUGCCGGUUCACUCGAAACCUGCGCCCCCCGGGCCUGUGUGCCCUAGGCAAUGGCCUAUAGGACGCGCCAGCCCUGUCCAUGAGCAAUGGUACAUGUGUGAAGUAAGAUUCUGUAGAUAUCUAUUGUACUUCCUGUUAGGAAAUCUGCCACAAAUGAUAGCUGAUAGGUUCCACCCCACCACAUAUUGCCAUUUCCCAUCUUAUACCUACUCCGUUCUUUGUCUUGUAUAAUCUGUUUUAGAAUUUUAAUUUGAAUUCCAACAAUCUUUGAGAUUUCAAUCUAUCUAAUAAAGAUUUUAUCUAUUUGAAAAACAAUACACUCUAAACCGUGCCAUUUUAAAGAAAUAGAGAUGUAUACAAAAAAUAUGCGUAGUUAUUUACAAAAGGAAGAAAAUCUAGUAAACCGUUAUCAAAACCUAAAUGUAUGUAGAAGCAAUGGAGGCGUAUUCCGCUGAAAGGGGAAUCAAUGUGUGAGAAUUAAAACCAGAGUGGACACCAACAUGUAAUGUACAGAAUAAUACAAACCAUAUAUACCUAAAUAACAAGGGGAAACCCGAAAACAAAUCAGCAGCAGCAACUCACUUAACAAUGGGUGCAAUCAGAUCCUGGAUGCACCUAAAGGAAUCAUUGCCACUCAAGCUUUUCAUUCAGACAAUGUGGCAACACUGUCCAGCAGAUACAUCCACUGGACCUCUUUUUGUAAAAGUACCAUGUCCUUAUUGCCACCCCUUGUGAUCAUGCUCCACUCUGCAACACUUUUGUAUCUUAAAAGUGGCUGUGUCACUUCAAACUUGGUUCUCCUAUUGUUUCCUUUUUUCAGAAUCUGUUCUUUUGUAAUUUCUGAUCUAUUCAUCUUUAAAACAUAAGACCAAGUACUUUGUAUUUUUUCCUAUAUUUAACAAUCGUGAAAAAAGAGUGAAGCUUGUCUUAAUGGAAAUAAAACACAAUUAUAAAUCAGCGCUUGUGAAAAAUGAUUACAAUCCAUUGACAGCUAGAACACCAAGUAUGAUAAAAACUGGGUGGUGCAACGCCUAAGUAGUCCUUAUUUGGGGGUAUGUAACGCCAAGAAGAAAAAAACAAAAGAAACUAAUAGUUUAGUAUGUAAAACAUAAGUUUGUGUGUGUAUGUAUGUAUAUGUGUGUGUGUGUGUGUGUGUAUAUAUAUAUAUAUAUAUAUAUAUAUAUAUAUAUAUAUAUAUAUAUAUAUAUAUAUGAUAAAAAAUGUGCACUCACUUUUUUGGAGCUUCAAUACAGCUCUAACUUAUGCGCCUGGGUGGAACAAUCCCCGCCUAAGGAUAAAGUGCAGUGCUAAUUCUUUUUUUUGUUCGUGGUUGUAGGAGGUAUCUUCAUAGAAAUAAAAUAGAUAAAAAUCGUGUAUAUAGUGUAGUAUAUUAUGACUAUGGAGCGAGGGUAGGUAUAAAUAUAAAAUUUGCACUCACAUGUAAUGGAGCCAUACCUACGGCUCCAUUGGCCAGUGGAGGUAUCCUUAGGCUGUAAUGUAAACUGCAUUUUCUCUGAAAUACAGUGUUUACUGCAAAAAGUCUGAAGGGAAUAAUUCUACUCUCCAGAACAAAUGCAAUAAGCCGAAGUUGUUCUUGUGACUAUAGUGUCACUUCAAGCUCUACCCUUUUGUCAAAAUUGCCAAGAUUUGGAAAAUACAUAGGACAAAAUAGUCCCUACUUUGUCUUAUGUUUUAAUUCGAAAUCGAUCAGAAAUGAAGGAAAGAACAGAUAAUGAAAGAGGAAGAGCAGAUAAAACACUAGAGAAAGGUAACUGUGAGGUGACCGUUACUUUAACUGUGAAACAUUGUUUCAUGGCAUGAAAGAUGAUUGGUUCCUUUCAGCUUGUGUUGGAGAUUAUAACCUUCAAGGCCUUACUAGUUUUACUUGGAUAGCUAAGGCCACAUGGACACUUGAUAAGGUACAUUACAUAUUCAAUUUGACAAGUGAAAAAAAAACCUUUCUGUCACUCCUAGGGUGUAUGCAGUAGUCAUGGCAGUAAUUACAGGAGAGACAAGGAAAGGUCCUAAAAACUGGUUUAGAUAGAAAUCUUUGUUGAGAAUGGGCGUAGUGUCUGCCUUCACGACUAUGUCAUGUAUGUUUGCAAGCAACAGAUUUUGGGUAGCGAGUCUCCACGUGCCUGCCGCCAUAGGUCGCCUAUACUCAUGCCCUGUUUCGGCUUGUCCGGCCUUUGUUUUUUGUUUUUUUGGCCCAUAUUGUUGUCAGGAGCCUGGGGGUCUAGAAGAGGGUCUAAUUGCUUGGGGUUGUUGUAGCUGAAAACGUAGUUAUUAGGUCUUUGUGCACGGAGCUCGGCAGGCUUGCGACCUUUCAGUUCUACAGCUUGGCUCCGCCCCCGAGAUUUCUCUCGUUUUCAAGUAUGUCUUGGGUCUUUGUCCACAAAACAUUGCAUUGUUACAAUAGGAUACAAUAUGACAAAAAUAAAAUAUACAAACUAUUUAUAAAUAUGUAACAAGGGCUUGCACUCUUGGUUAAAUUCUUAAUGCCCGGUGCAGGUCUGGCAAAAUCAUGUAGAUAUAGUAGAAAGGACCGCACUCCAAGGUCUUUGUGAUAGUUUUCAAAUAAAAUGUAACUUUUAUUUAAUCCAUAUAAAAGUCAGCGUUUCAGCCCCCACAUGGAGCUUUCAUCAGGACAAGAUAUGUGGGGGCUGAAACGUUGGAGUACGGUCAUUUCUACUAUAUAUAUAUAUAUAUAAAUUGAAUACAUAACAGGUAAUAAAUAUAUUCCACCAUGACAGGUGCAUUCUGUGCUGAGGUAUGAUGCCAUAGAUCUCUUAAAAGAUUUUAGAUUGAAUUAAGAUUUGACGGUGUCCCUGAGGUUAUUCCAUAUUUGCAGUGCUCUGUAGGAAAAGGAGGAUCGAGCCACUUUAUUUUUGUAUUGUGGUAUGUGAAAUAUCAUUCUAGUACUGGAUCGGAGGUUAUAGGAGGUGGGAACAGCUGGGGAGAGCAUUCUACUCAGGUAGGGUCUGAGCUUCCCACAAAUGCUUUUAUGCACAAGGAUGGAAAGAUGAAGAAGAGUGCGGCGGGAUUCCAGCGACAGCCAGUUUAGCUCUUUUAGCAUGUCACAGUGGUGUAAUUACAUUCUAGUACAAAGCAGCAAACGAAUGGUAUAACGUAUUAAGUUUAUUAAGGUGGGUUUGCAGUGCGGAUGCAUACACUACAUCCCCAUAGUCAAUGACUGGCAUUAGCAUUUGUUGCACUAUCUGUUUCCUUAUUGUAGGGCUUAGGCAGGAUUUGUUUCUGUACAGGGCCCCUAGUUUUGGGUAAAGUUUUGAAGAGAUUUUUUCAAUCUGAAGGCCAAAAGAUAGAUUGGUGUCUAGCAACAUACCUAGAUAUUUAAAAGAGCAGACUGCGGCCAGUGUGCUAUUUGAAUUUGUUCUGAUACACAAUUGUUGAUUUUGUAGUUCAUGUAAUUUAGGUACAGUUCCAAAGAUCAUUGUAACAGUUUUGUCAGUGUUUAUAAAGCGUUUAUCAGCUAUCCACUUUUCUACCUCUGUGAAUUUGUUUUGGAGCACAUCCUCAAGCUGCGGUAGCUUGGGUUUACUAGCAUAGAUUACAUUGUUGUCUGUAUACAUGUGUACAGUUGAAGAUUUGCAGACGUUAGGCAGAUCAUUUGUAAAUAAUGUGAAUAGCAGGGGGCCGAGUAUGGAGCCUUGGGGAACACCACACGUGACUGCAAGAGGGAGGGAAGUGCUAUCAGAAAUGGCCACAUAUUGCAAUCGGUCUGAAACACCCAAUUGAAACCAGGUUAGCGGACAAUCACCAAUGCCUAAGUUGCAAAAGAAUACCAUGGUUUACUGUGUGAAAGGCCUUGGCAAAAUCAAGAAAAAUAGCUCCAGUUAAGUAUCCUUGUUCCAUGCCAAUUUGGAUGUCAUUGCAAACUUUUAAGAGGACAGUCGAAGUUGAGUGAUUUGGACGAAAGCCUGAUUUGAUUAGGGCUCAGAUAAUUUGAUCGUUGAUAAUAUUCACAUAGUUGCAUGUGGACGCAUUUUUCCAAGAUUAUUGACAAUACAGGGAGCAAUGAUAUUGGGCGAUAGUUAGAUACUAAAGUAUUGUCACCACUUUUAUGGAUAGGUACAACUUUUGCAGUCUUCCAAAGUUUGGGUAUGUAUCCUGACACCAGGGAAUCAUUGAUAAGGGUCGUUACAGGUUUAGCAAUUGCUGGCGCACUGAACUUCAGCAAUAAUGCUGGGAUUUGAUCUGGUCCACACUGCUUUUUCAUUUUUACGUUAUUAAGAUGUUUAUUAAUGACACUAACAGGCACAGGUCUAAAAUUAAAUUUCUCUGAGGAUUUUGAAGAUUUGACAGGGCCUGAUCUUUAUUUGCAAUCCGAAAAUGAGUGUCAUUUGUUAUCUUAGCAACCAGGGUGGUAGCACAUCUAACAAAAUAAUUAUUAAAGGCAUUUGCUACAUCUAUGGGGUGUUGCAGUGUUUGGUUGUCCAUUUUGACAGUGGAGGGUUGGGAGUGGAUUGUGGGGGGUUGUAUGCUAUUUAUGGUUUUCCAGAAGUUUCUUGGGUUUAAUAGGUUGUUGCUCAAAUUUUCACUGAAACAUUGUGCCAUUUUUGUUUGUUUUGUGCAUGCAUUUCGCAUGCAGUGUUUGUGACUAAGUGGCUACUAUAUAAGACUGGACAUAACCCAUUUGCAAUACCUUGGGUUGUUUACUAUUGAAAAUGGUAUGCCAUCAUGGGGAUAAUUCUCAUUCCUGGGCUACCAUACGGUCUCAAAGGCAACAUAACCAAUUUGUCAAGAAACAAUGGGAAAAAAUGAAAUGGGCAAGCCUUAUAUUUGACCCUGUAACUUUCUUAAACACUAUAAAACCAGUACAUGAGGGGUACUGUUAUACUCAGGAGACUUCGCUGAACACAAAUAUAAGUGUUUCAAAAAAGUAAAAUGUAUCACAAAAAUGACAUUGUCAGUGAAAGUGCAGUUUUUGUUUAAAAAAAAAAAAAAGCAAAAAACUAAUAAAAACGCAAACAUUGACCAGCGUUCAUGACUAAGUGGCUACUACAAAAGACUGGACAUACCCCAUUUUAAAUACAUUGGGUUGUCUACAUUUGCAAAUGGUAUGCCAUGAUGGUGUUAAUCACAUUCUUGGGCUACCAUAUGGUCUCAAAAGGCAACAUAGACCCAGCAAACCAAUCUGGCAAACUGAAAUGGGCAAGCCCUAAAUUGACCCUGUAACUUUACAAAAACACCAUAAAACCUGUACAUAGGGGCUAUUGUUAUAUUCAAGACACUUCGCUGAAUACAACUAUGAGUUUUUCAAAACAGUAAAACGUAUCACGGCAAUGAUAUUGUCAGUGAAAGUGCCGUUUGUGUGUAAAAAAUGCAAAAUGCGCACCCUCCAAAUAAGGUAUUUUAGCCCCCAUCUAUACAUGGGUGGGAUCACUGUACUCAGGAGAUGUUGCUGAAUACAUAUUGGGGUGCUCUUUGGCAGUAACCCUUAAAGUUCUCAGUACAUGUAUUCUUAAAUUACUAUGUGUGUCAAAAUAAUCACCAACUAUUUUUUUUUGUUUUUGUUUUAAAUUUGGCAUAGAUUGGUGGUAAAAUGGUUGCACGAAAAGAGUAAAAAUAGCCCAGGUUUAAUACCUUAGGUUGUCUUGUUUUAAAAAGUAUAUACAUGUGAAGGGUUAUUCAGGGAUUCCUGACAGAUAUCAGUGUUACAAUGUAACUUGCGUUAAUUUUGAGAAAAUGGUUUGGAAAUAGCAAAGUGCUACUUGUACUUAAUAGCAAUAAUAGCAUGUGCAUAAUAUGUCCAGCUUAGAAAAAGUAAGGACUGGGACUCAACACAUUCUGGGUAAGGAGGGAGGGGGGGGUGAAUUACUUAGACAGUGUCAUUAGCUGUCCGCUUACGGAGCCAGGUUAGAGAGUGCAUCACAUAUACUGAAAACUUUAGAAACUUUUAAAAAAAAAAAGCACUUAAAAAGAAACCAGGCAUAUAUAACAGGCCUAUAGAGCCAAAAAUCUGGGUACUCUGGUGUGAACAUUAUAAGACAUUAUUAAGGUAAUACAGGAAUAUACGACUGCCCAUCUCAGGUUAGGGAGUCUGCCGCCCAUGGCACAGUUCCUCUGGGCGCAAAGGGAGUUAUUUCUGCGAUGUUCCAAGAUGGGCGGGCAUCCAUUGUUGUUGCAGGUGCUGAGAGACCCAACGACUGGAGGAAAGUUGGCACCUUGGAUAUGUGUGUCAGGAGGAGCGUCUUUCUGGCGUGUUCUGCCAUCAAACGGUGAGGACCCCAUUUAUAAGGGAUAGAGUUCUCUCAAAGCUUCUGGGUAAUUUGGCGAAGGGUUCUGUGCCACUUAAGGGUGUGUCUUGAAAAGUCCCUGUGUAAUAUCAGGCUUGCUCCGUCAAAAGUGAUCGUGAGAGAGCCCCUUGCGGCUCCCAUAAGGACCCCCUGGUCUGAGUCCCGGACAAAUUUAAUUAUCACGUCCCGUGGUACAUCCUGGGUUGCCUUGGUGGCUAUGGGGAGACAAAAGCAGGAAUCAAUUCCUACCUGCUUAGUUUGCUUUGGUAUCAAUAAAGUGGCUAUGAGCCUUCUGCAGUAAUGCUAUAGUUCCAUGUUAGCGAUCGUUUCGGGUACCCCCGAAGCCGCACGUUUCUUUCCUUAGCUUUGUCUUCUAUACCGGCUAGCUUGGCUGUCAGUGUAGCACAUUGUUUUUGUAGGGAUCCCAAGGUUGCGCCACUUUGGUGCUCCACAGAUACCACACGGCCAGCAAGCGUAGUAAUUUCCCCUCGGACAAGUGCCAUGUUGGAUUCAAACAUCGCCUUGAUAUUCUGCAUCAGCGCCUUUAUGACGGCUUUUGUGGAAGGAGCUGCGUCUCCUAGCUUUGCUCGCUGCUGUGGUAUAGUUUGUACCUUGGAGGGUGCAGACAUGGAAUCUGGUAAGCUGUCGUCGUCCGACGACUGUGAGGUGUCAACCGGCGCCACCUUGGCAAGCUUAUGCCGCUAGGCCGGGUGCAUAAAAGUGCAGAGAUCUUUUGAUCCGGAGCCGGGAUCUGCUCUGUGCUUCUUCGGUUCCCCCCCCAUGAACCCAUUAACUAGCAGUAAGCAGUACUAACAGUAAAUUCUCCAAUUUCCCAUAACUCCCACCCACCCCGGCUAGAAAAAUAUAUAAUUUUAAAAUAUUUAAAUUAAAUGAAAUUCAUUAAUUAAAUAAAUUGAACCCUUGAGGGUUAAAAAAUAAAUAAAAAAAAAUUAACCCGAAGGGGUUAAAAAAAAAUAAAAAAAAUCAGAUCACAGUAUAAUACCAAGUUAGCGUUCAUAUUUGUUUGUGUGUGAAAAAUGCAAAAAACCAAUUUGAAUGCUAAUUUUGGCCAGUGUUUGUUACUAAGUGGCUACUAAAAAAGACUGGACAUACCCCAUUUGCAAUACCUUGGGUUGUCUACUUUUGCAAAUGGUAUGCCAAAAUGGGGGUAAUUCUCAUUCCUGGGCUACCAUACGGUCUCAAAGGCAACAUAACCAAUCUGGCAAAUUUCAGUGUGAAAAAAAGAAAAUUCAAGCCUUCUAUUUGACUCAGUAACUUUUAAUAACCCCAUAAAACCUGUACAUGGGGGUACUGAUAUACUCGGUAGACUUUGCUGAGCACAAAUAUUAGUGUUUCAAAAUAAUAAAAUGUAUCACAACAUUAUCAUUGGUGAAAGUACAGUUUGCGUGUGAAAAAUUAAAAAAAAAUGCAUUUUUACUAAAUAUAUAUAUAUAUGUGUGUGUGUGUGUGUGUGUGUGUGUGUGUCUAUAUGUGUAUAUCUAUACUGCUUAAAAAAAUAAAGUGAACACUUAAACAACAAAAUGUAACUCCAAGUCAAUCACACUUCUGUGAAAUCAAACUGUCCACUUAGGAAGCAACACUGAGUGACAAUCAAUUUCACAUGCUGUUGUGCAAAUGGGAUAGACAACAGGUGGAAAUUAUAGGCAAUUGGCAAGACACCCCCAAUAAAGGAGUGGUUCUGCAGGUGGUGACCACAGACCACUUCUCAGGAAGUUCCUAUGCUUCCUUGCUGAUGUUUUGGUCACUUUAGAAUGCUGGCGGUGCUUUCACUCUAGUGGUAGCAUGAGAUGGAGUCUACAACCCACACAAAUGGCUCAGGUAGUGCAGCUCAUCCAGGAUGGCACAUCAGUGCGAGCUGUGGCAAGAAGGUUUGCUGUGUCUGUCAGCGUAGUGUCCAGAGCAUGGAGGCGCUACCAGGAGACAGGCCAGUACAUCAGGAGACGUGGAGGAGGCCAUAGGAGGGCAACAACCCAGCAGCAGGACCGCUGCCUCGGCCUUUGUGCAAAGAGGAACAGGAGGAGCACUGCCAGAGCCCUGGAAAAUGACCUCCAGCAGGCCACAAAUGUGCAUGUGUCUGCUCAAACGGUUAGAAACAGACUCCAUGAGGGUGGUAUGAGGGCCCGACGUCCACAGGUGGGGGUUGUGCUUACAGCCCAACACUGUGCAGGACGUUUGGCAUUUGCCAGAGAACACCAAGAUUGGCAAAUUCGCCACUGGCGCUGUGCUCUUCACAGAUGAAAGCAGGUUCACACUGAGCACAUGUGACAGUCUGGAGAUGCCGUGGAGAUCCUCCGGUUGACUGGUUUGGUAGUGGGUCAGUAAUGGUGUGGGGUGGCAUUUCUUUGGGGGGCCGCACAGCCCUCCAUGUGCUCGCCAAAGGUAGCCUGACUGCCAUUAGGUACCGAGAUGAGAUCCUCAAACCCCUUGUGAGUCCAUAUGCUGGUGCGGUUGGCCCUGGGUUUCUCCUAAUGCAAGACAGUGCUAGACCUCAUGUGGCUGGAGUGUGUCAGCAGUUCCUGCAAGACGAAAGGCAUUGAUGCUAUGGACUGGCCUGUCCAUUCCCCAGACCUGAAUCCAAUUGACCACAUCUGGGACAUCAUGUCUCGCUGCAUCCACCAACGUCACGUUGCACCAUAGACUGUCCAGGAGUUGGCAGAUGCUUUAGUCCAGGUCUGGGAGGAGAUCCCUCAGGAGACCAUCCGCCACCUAGGAGCAUGCACAGGUGUUGUAGGGAGGUCAUACAGACACAUGGAAGCCACACACACUACUGAACCUCAUUUUGACUUGUUUUAAUGACAUUACAGUCAAGUUGAAUAAGCCUGUAGUGUGUUUUUCCACUUUAAUUUUGAGUGUGACUCCAAAUCCAGACCUCCAUGGGUUGAAAAUUUUGUUUUCCAUUUUUGAAUUUUUGUGUUAUUUUGUCAGCACAUUCAACAAUGUAAAGAACAAAGUAUUUCAGAGGAAUAUUUAAUUCAUUCAGAUCUAGGAUGUUAUUUUUGUUUUCCCUUUAUUUUUUUGAGCAGUGUGUGUAUAUAUAUAUAUAUAUAUAUAUAUAUACACACACAUAAUCCAGCGCACUCGCUUAUUCACUAAACAGUUAUUUCAAAUCCUACAGAUUGUGGUAGUUUUAUUUAAAAACACCUCACCUAGGCAAAAAAUAAUGGGGGUUUACUUAUAUUAUAUGUUCAUAUAUUGCAUAAGCCUGCCAAAACGCCAAUGUACCCCACUCUUGGCAGGUCCUACUCUAGCAGUCUAGCAGUCCCUCCUGGGACUCUCUGCAAGUCAAGGCUAAAUAGGGUCCUGGAAUAAGGCACCUGUGACAGGGAGGAGUGCAAAACCAAGGAGUUGGCCUGGACACCCAAAUAUAUAUUUUUUUAAUGAUUUUUAUUUAAUGUAUUUUAAAUUUAAUAUUUAUGUCUAUUAAUAUCAAAAUACAGUUAGAAUAAAUAAAAGCCGGUAUACAGUCAGUCCAUAAAUAUUGGGACAUCGACACAAUUCUAAUCUUUUUGGCCCUAUACACCACCACAAUGGAUUUGAAUUUAAAUGAACAAGAUGUGCUUUAACUGCAGACUUUAAUUUGAGGGUAUUUACAUCCAAAUCAGGUGAACGGUGUAGGAAUUACAACAGUUUGUAUAUGUGCCACUUUUCAAGGGACCAAAAGUAAUGGGACAAUUGGCUGCUCAGCUGUUCCAUGGCCAGGUGUCUGUUAUUCCCUCAUUAUCCCAUUUACAAGUAGCAGAUAAAAGGUCCAGAGAUCAUUUCAAGUAUGCUAUUUGCAUUUAGAAUCUGUUGCUGUCAACUCUCAAUAUGAGAUCCAAAGAGCUGUCACUAUCAGUGAAGCAAGCCAUCAUUAGGCUGAAAAAACAAAACAAACCCAUCACAGAGACAGCAAAAACAUUAGGUGUGGCCAAAUCAACUGUUUGGCGCAUCCUUAAAAAGAAAGAACGCACCGGUGAGCUCAGCAACACCAAAAGACCCGGAAGACCACGGAAAACAACUGUGGUGGAUGACCGAAGAAUUCUUUCCAUGGUGAAGAAAACACCCUUCACAACAGUUGGCCAGAUCAAGAACGCUCUCCAGGAGGUAGGUGUAAGUGUGUCAAAGUCAACAAUCAAGAGAAGACUUCACCAGAGUGAGUUCAGAGGGUUCACCACCAGAUGUAAACCAUUGGUGAGCCUCAAAAACAGGAAGGCCAGAUUAGAGUUUGCCAAACAACAUCUAAAAAAAGCCUUCACAGUUCUGGAACAUCCUAUGGACAGAUGAGACCAAGAUCAACUUGUACCAGAGUGAUGGGAAGAGAAGAGUAUGGAGAAGGAAAGGAACUGCUCACGAUCCAAAGCGUACCACCUCAUCAGUGAAGCGUGGUGGUGGUGAAAGUGUCAUGGUGUGGGCAUGUAUGGCUGCCAAUGGAACUGGUUCUCUUGUAUUUAUUGAUGAUGUAACUGCUGACAAAAGCAGCAGGAUGAAUUCUGAAGUGUUUCGGGCAAUAUUAUCUGCUCAUAUUCAGCCAAAUGCUUCAGAACUCAUUGGAUGGCGCUUCACAGUGCAGAUGGACAAUGACCCGAAGCAUACUGCAAAAGCAACCAAAGAGUUUUUUAAAACAAAGAAGUGGAAUGUUAUGCAAUGGCCAAGUCAAUCACCUGACCUGAAUCCGAUUGAGCAUGCAUUUCGCUUGAUGAAGACAAAACUGAAGGGAAAAUGCCCCAAGAACAAGCAGGAACUGAAGACAGUUGCAGUAGAGGCCUGGCAGAGCAUCACCAGGGAUGAAACCCAGCGUCUGGUGAUGUCUAUGCGUUUCAGACUUCAGGCUGUAAUUGACUGCAAAGGAUUUGCAACCAUGUAUUAAAAAGUGAAAGUUUGAUUUAUGACUGUUAAUCUGUCCCAUUACUUUUGGUCCCUUAAAAAGUGUGAGGCACAUAUACAAACUGUGAUAAUUCCUACACCGUUCACCUGAUUUGGAUGUAAAUACCCUCAAAUUAAAGCUGAAAGUCUGCAGUUAAAGCACAUCUGGUUUGUUUCAUUUCAAAUCCAUUGCGUUGGUGUAUAGAGCCAAAAAGAUUAGAAUUGUGUCGAUGUCCCAAUAUUUAUGGACCUGACAUUAUAAUCUUUUUUACAAUCUAUUUAUUUUAUUUUAUUUUUUCAAUUUAUUGAUUUUAUAUAUAUAUAUAUAUAUAUAUAUAUAUAUAUAUAUAUAAAAUUAAUGUCAUUCUAAGAAUAUUUUAAAAUUAUAUAUAUAAUUAAUAAUAUUAAUAAAAAAAACACUUAUUAAUGAUGUGUGUAUGUGUAUAUAAAAGUACUUAGAUCAUGUGAUCUAAGUACUUUUUAUUUAAUUUGAAAACUGUUUCAUAACUUUUAAAAACUUUUUUACUGGCAUGAGGGGGACUACCUGAUAGUUGACAGAAAACAAAUAAUCUUAGAAAUUAGUGUAUUUAACAUAAUAUGUAAUAGUGGAGCUGUGUUUGUAGCGGUGUUAAUCAAUGACAUUGGUAUUGUAUUGUUGUCAUAGGAUAGCCACUUUCUUUUAAUCUGGAGAUCAUGGAAUUUAGGCAGGGUUCCAGAUUUGUUUUGUCACUCACAAUUUGCCUCACUUUUACCAUUUUGGCUGUGUGGGAUGGAGGACACUUAUUAGUAUGAUGAAAGCUCUUGGUAUGCCAUUGGCUAAAUGAAUAUAUAGCCAGAGUGACUUCACAUGCAGAUGGUCAUCCUUAAUAUUCGCUGCAUGUCUUCCCACAUUUCCUUAUGUCUGGGCACAUGUUAGAAGUUGUGGGAUGCUGUGCGUGAAGCCACUUGCAGAUGCCUUAUUUGUAGUCUUUAUUGGCUAAACUAAUUAGAUAGGGACAUUAACAUAUUUAUUCACUGGUAUGUAUAUUGUUAAGAAUUGACAAGGGGAAAUUAGAAAUUAUAGUGAGAAAUAACAGAGCUGAACAAUUAACUGAAAUGGAGAUUAUUUAUUUUUUCUUCAAUCUGGCUCUUAAAAAUUGCAAAUGUUCAAUUAAUGCCCAACAAUUUCCAGGUUAAUGACUGUGUAUGUCUGGCAGGAUCACUUUAAUAUCCUAUACCGUGUAGAUCAUCAAUCUGCUCAUAGAAAGGAAUGUGCUGAAGGAAUACUCUAUGCACUGUAAUCACUGCAGCUCAAUGUAUUGAUUAUGGGGCAAAGAUUCUGCAGGUGUCAUCCAGUGGCUUCUCCAGCAUUCCUAUUUAGGAGGGGCACAUGGGGGGCCAGGGACAAAUGUAGGAAUUAUAAAACGUGUGUGUGUGUGCACUUCCUUUUAGUCCGGCCGGGUACAGGAAACAAAAGCUCCCUGUACCCGUGGACCAUAGAGGGCUCGGCCACGCUACAACAGUGGUGGGGCGAGGGGAGAAAGAAAUUAGGAGGAGGUGGGGGAAGGGGAAAUUAGGAGGAGGUGGGGGGAGAAAUAGGAGGAGGUGGGGGGGAGAAAUUAGGAGGAGAGGUGGGGGGAGAAGGAGGAGUGUGGGGAGAAAUAGGAGGAGGUGGGGGGAGGAGGUGGGGGAUAGGUAGGUGGGGGAGAAUUAGGAGGAGGUGGGGGGAGGAAAAAGGAGGAGGGGGGAGUGGGAGAAAUAGGAGGAGGUGGGGGGAGAAAUUAGGUGGAGGUGGGGGAGAAAUUAGGAGGAGGUGGGGGGAAAAGAGAGAGUAGGAGGGGUGGGAAAUUAGGAGGAGGUGGGGGGAGGAAAUUAGGAGGAGGUGGGAGAAAUUAGGAGGAGGUGGGAGUGGGAGGAGGUGGGGGAGAAAUUAGGAGGAGGUGGGGAGAAUUAGGAGGAGGUGGGGGGAGAAAUUAGGAGGAGGUGGGGAGAAGGAUUUAGGAGGGAGGUGGGAAAUAGGGAGGAGGUGGGGGAGGAGUGGGAGGAGGUGGGGGGAGGUGGGGGGAGAAAUUAGGAGGAGGUGGGGAGGAGGUGGGGAAAGUGAGGUGGAGGUAGGGGGAGAAUUAGGAGGGGGGGGAGGAAAGAAAUUAGGAGGAGGGGGGAAGAAAGAAAUUAGGAGGGGGGGAAGAAAGAAAGAUUGGGAGGAGGGGGGUGGAGAAAGAAAGAUUGGGAGGAGGGGGGGGAGAGUGACAUUCAUCACACACAUACACACAAUGCAACCCUUGCACACAGAAAAACACACAAUGCAUUACACACACAGACACACAUACACAAGCAAUGCAACUGUUACACACAAUGGAUCCCUUACACACACAGAAACACACAAUGCAUUCAUUACACACACUCAAUGCACCCCUUACACACAUUCAAUGCAUCCCGUACAUACACAGAAACACACCUUGCAGCCCUUACACAUACAAACACAAUUUCACACAAUGCAUUCCUUACACACAUAUCAGGACAUCCCUACACACUCCACCCCCUGUGAACAAACUCAUUGGUGGAACAUGAAGGUGGACCCUGGGACCCAGACCUUGAGCUGUGUAAAGGGCCCCCUAAAAAUGGAGCUGCUUCCCGUUAUCCCAGACCACAGUUACAAACCGCCUCCAGAGAGCCUGUUCUACACCAGACCAGUGGAGCCAGACUGCAGCUAGAGCCCAUCAUCACCCUCACCUGGUUGUAAGUAGGCAAUCUAAUAUAUUAUUCGUGGCAAUAAGCUCUAAUUUACCUCACAUUAAAGAAACACUAUAGUCCCCAGAACCACUGCAGCUUAAUGUAGUGGUUCUGGUGUCUAUAGCCUGUCCCUGCGACGGCACUGCAGCACUGGCGUUAGUUAACAUGGCAAAUCAUAUGGGUGGGGCAUUGUGAUGUCACAUGGGGGGGCGGCAAACUUUACUUUUGCCUAGGGCGGCAAAAAUCCUUGCACCGGCCCUGGGUGGAGGGGGCUGUGUGAGCUGUGGCUACACAGUGCCCCAUGGUAGUUAGGGUGCUGUGCGGCCAGUACAGCUCACACAAGCAAACAGUUGAUAAACUGGCCGCACGGAGGAAAAGUGGGGCGGAGCUAAGCAAAAUUGGGGCAGAGCCAAACUGGCACUGGGGGCGGGGCUUAAUAUGGCCCUUACCCACUGCUGUUAGGAGGUGCAGCAAGAUGGAAUCUCUGCUUCUCCACAGGCUUCAGAGAAGGACUUCAGGGAAUCCAGUCCUCCUCCAUCCCACUGUCUGUAAGUAAGUGUGUGUCUGUGUGUGUUUGUGUGUGUGUGUGAGACUGUCUGUGUGUAACUGUCUGCCUGUAACUGUGUGUGUGCGUGUGACUGUCUGCCUGUAACUGUGUAUGACUGUCUGCCUGUAACUGAUUGUGUGACAUUCUGCCUGUAACUGAGUGUGUGACAUUCUGCCUGUAACUGAGUGUGUGACUGUCUGCCUGUAAAUGUGUGUGUGGGGCUGCAGGGAUUUUGUAGAAGGGGGCGGGGGUUUUGUAUUGGGACAGGAGUCUUUAUAAGGGGGAUAAGCAGGGGAUUUGUGGAAGGGGGUUGCGAGGGUUUUGUAGACGGGGCAGUACAGGAUUUGUAGAAGGGGCAGGACAGAGGUUUUGUAGGAGGGGUGGGGCAGGACAAGGGUUUUAUAGGAGGGGCUGACAGCGGAUUUGCAAAGAUUACAAAUUGUAAAAAAAAUAGAAAGAAAACCUUUAACAAUUUUUACAGGUUUUUUUUUGGGGGGGGGGGAAGGGGGUGCCAAGCACAGGAUCCGCCCGGGGUGCCACAUGCUCUAGGUAUGCCCCUGAUAGUAAUAAUUAAUUUACACUUCUGCAUUAUCAUUGUCAAUUUCUGGAAACUGGGAUGGCAGUAAUAGGCUGAGUCCUCCGACUCACAUACUCGUUUCCCCACUACACUACGCUUAGUGCUUAUAGUGAAUACAGUGCCCUUUAAUUAAAUAAAGUACAUACUUAGCAAAUAUAACAUCUUUAAAUUAGUAGGUUAUUUAUAACAACGAGUAGAAAAAUCUCUAUGAGUGAGAGAGGUGAUUAUCAUUUAAAGUGAAGAUGAUAAUUAGGUAAUAGGUCUGUGGCAUUGUGGGAACAACCAGACAUGACAGUUAUCAGUGUCACUAGAGUUUAAAUUAUCUUGAUAAUGCAGUGAUAAUUUCAUUCAUUACCAUCUGUGGCCACAUGGAUGUCUAUGUGAUCUUUAGUAAGUCCUUAAUAAAAAAGCCAAGGUAGCAAUCCUAGUUUUAAUUAUAGAAAAAAAUUUAUACUCUUUAACUCUACUAGUUUCUUAAAACUUAUUAAAGCAGUUUUAACAUAUGCAUCUCUGGAUAUAUAUUGACAGUCAAUAAGUGCCUAUCAAGUGACAAUUUCACCAUAUUUUUCAAUUAUAGGAGUUAUCUCAUUUGGCUAUUAAAAUAUUGUAGCGGCUCCACAUAUAUCAGAGGCAUUUCUGGGGAUGGGUGACCCUGGCUGGGGCUGAAACCUGGAAGCUGAAUUUUUUUUUCGCUGGCAAAUAUAAUGCACAUUUGUACAAGAAGAUACCAAUAUGCAACAUUGUGCAUUAUUAUUUAUUUUGUUAUUUUUUAUAUCUCCUUAUAACUCAAAUUUCUGCUCACUUAAUGAUCGAAUUCCACUCCUACGACAGUUAUUAAGCGAGGACUGCACUCUUUCUGGGGCAAAAUUUGACAGGUCCACUUUUGAAAUUCACUGGCGAAAGUUGAAAUUCGCUAACGAAUGAUAAAAUUUACCAGCGAAUUUACUCAAAAAAAAUGCGCCAUUGAAUCUAAUGUACAUUCAAAUUUUAGAAACGUUAUAUUGCCAAUAUAAGUGUGCAUUAGAUUCCAGUAAAUACGGUAUGUUUCAAGUCUUAUCAGUGAGGUUCUUUGACUCAGAAGUGGCAUUUCAGAACUUCAUCCAUGACUGGUAUCAUGCUGCACCCUGUGCUAACAUCUCCCAACAUGGUGCAGAACUCACAAGACAUCAACUGAUGGAGUCUGGGAGGAUAUCAUAUCUCCAUCUCCUCCCUCCAUCAACAAGAGCUUUAUGGUGCAAGGGGUUGCCUGCAGGCUUUCUCCAGAUGUACCCUCCUUGCUGGCCCAAUGCCAAUUUUACUCAUUAUGCCCAUGUAGUCGAUUCUGUUAUACAUGUAUAUUGAUAUAUUUGUGAUAUAGUUAUUUUAUAUUCUGCUUAUUUAUACACUCACAAUGACCCAUGCAGGCUGAUACUGAUACUGACCAAUGCAGACACACAUUGACCCAUGCAGACACACACAAUGACCGAUGUGGCUGCCCCCUGGGUUGGGCAAUGCAGUCUGCUGCUGACCUUGGCAGGUCCCUUGCUGGACAGGCUGGUGGCUGGCACCGGCCAAUAGUUAGAAUGGAGGGUAGCCACAGUGGCCUUAUGGGAAAUACAUUCCAGCAGACAACUAGACCCCAAUGGGACUGAGUGGUGAUGAAAUGAGAGGGUAAGGAGAUAGAAGGAAAUGGUUAAUACAAUUAGGAUGAAGAGAUGGGGGGAAAGGCUAAUGACAUGUGGGGUAAGGAGAUGGGAGAAAGUGAUUAGUGAAAUUUGGGUAAGAUAGGUGGAAUGGAUAAUGAAUAAUGGCUAUUUGUGUAUAUAUGUUUGGCUGUGUGUAUUUAACUGCUUGUGUCCGCUUGUAUGUCUGUGUGUUCAUGUAUGUAUUUUCAGAACAAUGUAAAUCACGUGUGUUACUUAUUUGGUUAUUUUUGUAUGUAUGUGUAUGGGUACAUAACUGUAUGAGUAGCUAAUUAUGUGUAUAUGAGUGUGACUUACUAGGUGUGUGCAUGUAAAUGGGUGACUUUGUAUUUGUGAGUGUGAUAGAGAUUGUGGUUAAUUGGCAGAAGGGGAUUGUGUGUAUGUGUGUGAACAUCUUUAGCUAAGCUUAGGGCAGCCUAAAAUAUAAAUAUAUCACUGUAUGUAAGUCAAGGAUGGACUGGCAACUUUUGGCAUAGGGGGCAAAUACGACCCAGAGGCCCCUGGUGCUGCAACUCAGUCCACAAUUUGGAUGCUAACUCUGGGCAACUACUGUGAAGGUAGUUCCCUGCACCCAGGGCUAGACUGGUAAAAAGGGAACCAUCGAAAAAGUUUAUACCAGCCUUGUAAUGCAUUGCAAUACUGCGCAAUUAUACAGGUGAGAAAGAAAGGAAAACUGAAAAUUAAUUCUCCAAUGAAGAGAAGCACAGUUAAUAAACAAAAGUUGCUCUGUCACCCUCCCAACUUUUUGUUGGGAUAUCACUGAAAUUCCAAUCCAGUCAAAAGGUAUACUAAGGCAAGGUAGGGGCUACUUUGUCUGACAGGUUUAUUUGCUAAAGUAAGAAGUUAAAGUGAAUGUCAAAUUUAAAGGGACACUUAAGUCACCCAAAAACUUGCUUAAUUAUGCAGUUGUUUUGUGUGUAGAUCAUGUCCUUGCAGUCACACUGCUCAAUUCUCUGCCAUUUAUUAAAAGUUAAAUCACACAAACACACUCUCUCUCUCUCUCUUUACCUAAUAAUUACAAAAGUAAUACAAGUGCUAAAAAUGGCAUUCAAAAGACCAAAAAAUGGGUAAAAGAUCAUCUGAAACAGUAGUGGUAAUCCUUUUUAAAAAACAAACAAACAAACAAAAAAACAACUUAAUAGUAUAUAAAUGUUAAUAUGCUGCUAUACACUUUAGUGUCUACAUCCAAGGGGUCAAACCCCUAACACACACCAAGAUAAAUAUAAGUAGAAAAGUGGAGCGCAAAAAUAAAAUAAAAAAUACUUAGAUUAAUUCCUUGACUUCAGGUUUCCAUGAGCAUGUAAAACAAGAAGAAAAUGCAAAAUAGCGUACUAAUGUUACACAUAAAUCAUGUAUAUACAGAUAAAAAUAAUAAUGUUCAUAAAAUCCAAAGAUGAAGAAUAAAUGAAUAUACAGUUUAUUUAACACAUAUUAAAAAGUAGUUAUAUAAAAAAAUUGUAUAUAUAUUGCACAUAGAAAUGGAUAUCACUGCCCCUUACUAGAGAUUGGUGAUGAGCAUACGCGGUAUAAAACAUCGCCAUUCACAAGCGCUUUGACCUUUAGACGGUCAACUGUAGUUGGCCAGAUUCCAAUCUGGUCUGCUUCCUCCGGAUAAUGUUUCUUCGGGCAGUGUCUCCGAUAAAAUUGAGCUCUGUCUCUUGUGUAUUUGUUGUUAUUGGCACCGUCCACCUUAUGACAUCACUACGCAUGUCUACGCGUUUCGCCUGCAGCUUAGUCAAAAUUAGUUUUUACCUAGGACGGUAAAAAUCCUUGUGUCGGCUGUGCUGGGCUCUGAGAUCACUUUGUCCUGUCUCAGGGAGCUGGAUGUCUGUAUAGCCUCAUCCCUCUGAUGAACCUGUGAGGUGAAACGCGCAUCAGGGGCGUUACUGGCGCUAUCUACCAGUCACUGUACCAAGAAUGACCCCUUCACUAUCUAACUAUUUCGAGCUAUCUAUCGGCACUGUUUGGCCGUUACGCUGCAGCAGUAGCCAGCUUAGGCAUAUGUAGCAAUUUCUUUAUUCUCUGCAGCAGGAUUGGUGGGCGGCUCUUUUGCUUUCAGUUUCUAAUGCCGUAGGAGACUGUAGGCUUUUGGUUAAGGGGGUGCCCUCGAAGGCACAAGUAUUUAGGGACUUGCCAGCAUAGGAGGCUUCCUAGUACAUUUAGUCCAACCCCCCUUUUGUUUACCCUUAGCCUUUUGGUUAUAUAGCUAGUUUUUACGGAUGCUAAUAGUCAGCAUUGACAGCCUGCAUUUCUCAGUUACCAACUGCCGAUAUUCCCGCUUGCUCUAACCGCUAGAUGCUACCUCUUACGGUUCAUAUUAGAGGACCGUGUCACUUUUGAGAUUUUAAUUUUCUGCAGUAUACUGGUACUCUGUUGCUUUGUUUAGAGUCCAGACACUGCAGAUCCGUUAUAUAUAGACACUAACUUUAUAAGCAGCUGUUGUGUAGCCAACUGGGACUCUGCAAUUCUGUUUAGAGCCCAGACACUGUAAUUUCGAUACACAUUAUCAUAAGCUGUAUAAUAAAGCUGCUGUUCUUGCUAUAGUUCUCUAAUUAGUUAGAUACAUAUUGUAAAUAGCUGUUGUUCUUGCUAUAGUUCUCUACUUCGUUACAGGCAGUGCAACUGUAUCCCUACUGAAAUUUUGAUACAUAUUGACACAAGCUGUAUAAGUAGCUGCUGUCCUUGCUGGAGUUCUCUAUUUGGUUACAGGCAGUGUAACUGUAUCACUUUAGCCUUUCCAUCAACUGUUUUUUACAUAUCAGACUUACUGCAUGUAUUUAUGUUUGUUUACCUCUUUUUUAUUAUUGCUAUUAAAAGUUAUGUUUUAUCUUUUCUCUUUAGUGAUCCCCAUGCCCUACCUAUCUAGAGUCACCCCCUCCUACACUAGGGAAUUACCACUCUGCAGGACCCUUAAUCAUGUAGCCUGUCUUCUCUCCUGUCUCCCUUCCUUGUUGUUUAGUUUUGUAGUGCAUUUCGUUGUACUAGGGGUUAACCCCUGCUCAGGAGUAAGAUUAUAUAACUAUCUCUUUUUUUCUUUUUUGCUUUUUAUCCCUGAGCACUGUGAUCUGAGGAGGGAGAGUGGGGAGAGAAUUGGAGCAAUUCCCUCUCAGUUUCUGCGCUCACUGCACAAUUCUUGAAUGCGCUGACUGCAGAGGAAAAGGUUGUGACGCAGACCACUGGGUCCAUUGAGUGAGCAGUCAAGAGGGCAGGCUGCUCAGUCGAGUCUCCCCGACCUGCAUUGUAAAGAAAAACAAAUUGUAUGUAGUUUUUAGUAGUUUGUGGAACUUUUCGCUUUAAAUAUAUUUUAGGUCGCUCACUGUGAUGCCACAUUCCUGUGAUGUGGCCUAUAUAUAUAUAUAUAUAUAUGUGUGUAUAAUGCAAAUUAGCACGGCCGGUAUUUUUUCCACAAAAAAAAGUGGCAACUCUAUGGGUAUAUCACCUGAAUGAGAGCCAGCUGUUUUGUGCAGCCAUCUCAGGGUUUAGUCUGCUCAAUCUUUCUUUAAUGUCUGGCUGGUCCUGCUUGCUCACAUAGCUCCCCAUGAGAAGGAGGAGUUAGGUGGAACUCCACCUAAAAGUCUUGGGUUCCUUUUGCCUCCUGGCUUGGUGUGGCCUCAACCAUUUAUAGCGAGUUUCCACCAGGCCCAGGAAUGGCUACAGCCCGCUGGACCUCUAGUAGACUCAGCAGCCGCUCACACACAGGUUGCAUGGUUGAUACAACCCUGACUCCUGCUCACUUACAUUCACAGCUGCACCGCCCUCACCAAAUGAAACAUACGCAGUACUGGUUUUAUUCUGUGGUACGAUGUGUGUGAUUUCGUGGGUGUUGUGCAACCAUUUUAUAGGGCAUCUAGAGAGACCCGGGUGGACAUUUGCCUCCCUGCACGCAGGUCCAGUCCACCCUUGAUGUAAAUAUGUGUUUGUGUAUAUGUAUUUAUUUGUGUUUCUGUGUCUGCAUGAACAAUUGUCUAUGUAUGCAAGUGAUUGUCUAAAUGUGUCCGUGUGUAGUAAUAUGUUUGUAUGAGAAAGUUUUGCUAGCUUUAUAUAUUUUUUAAAAUAAAUUCUUUAUUUUUGGUGCAAGUCAUGACAAGUUUGACACAUAAAAGAAAAUCACAGUGGUGGAUAUAAGUCAGCAGAUAAUAGUUGUUUCAGCGUAAGGUGUGGUAUUACUAAACAUUGCACAUUUUUUGUAGAUGUCUAGACAAUAGUUAAUAGCUAUCAUGUUGAUAACAUCAAUUAUUCCUAGGUAAAUGCAGCAUUCUUGAUUUGAAUGCAUCUGGAGUCACAUCUGUGUGUAGUAGGGGUUUGUUUACCCGGUUGGGUCAUCGCGGGAUACCCCCAAGUGUAGUGACUAGUCUUGUUAGAAUACCUCUAACUUUUGAUCAGGUCUAAUGUGUUUCUCUUAAUCAAAGGGACGUGUACCUGUAUGCCGGAGGGAUUGCCCCUUUGUGUAGGGCUAUAGGUGCUAUGCCGAUUAGGUGUGUGAGAGAAUAUGGUUCUGUUAAAAACUUGUGUAUGUUGGCUAGUGUAGGCAUGUCUAGGAGCGUAGCUGUCUACUACUGGGGUUGUCCGCUCGUUAGGGUCAAUCGUGGGUCAGUACAGGCUGGCCGCUAGUCGAGUGCUAACUUAUGGUAUGAGCUUGGUGGGAAACUUGUCAGUGCCUAAUAUGGUUUAUCUGUUUUUUUGGGGUGUUGCUAGGAAAUCCAGUAUAAGUUGAUGAGGCCUUUGCAGGUCUCUUAUGCCUAAGAGUGCUAAGCUAAGAGGCUAUUACCGAUUGGAGACAUGGUGGUUAUGCUAGUGUGCUAGUAGCACAGGCGAUGUCGUUAGCGCUAGGUGCUAGCUUUAUAUUUUUGAAUAAUCUCUGGCAUAAAGAAAAGGAGAUGGGAUCAUGAGGGACAAAAAGACUGAGUUUGCAGGAAUUAAGAGGUGGGGUUUCCGGUGUGUCCAAGGGCAGGGUGGGAGCAAUCAGCCAAUUUUGCUUUGGACUCGAGCCCCAUGUAUAUUUGGGACCUAGGAACACUCCUAAAUCUAGUUACCUUUCGUGCUUGCUAGGAAAAUACUGUUAGAAGGUCAAACAGAUCAUGAACCUGGUAUACUAACAGUAACUUGGUGAGGUGAGAAUAGAUGAGAAUUUGUUUAGUGAAUUUGAAAUUUUAAGGCCAAAUUUACUUCACUGAAAGCAUAGCAUUUUCCAGUUUGGCUAUUUUUGUCUUUAAAUUUCACUUUUGCUUUGAAUUCUCUUUGAGUUCCCAACUGUUCUCACUUUAGUGACUAGCCUUACUUGUCAGCUGUCCAGAGCUCACUGAGAGCUGCAUUUAUGUAUUACUCUAAUGACAGCUGCCCAUAGAUAUAUAGAGAAAUGCAAUGCUUAUGUGAGUGAAUAAUGUGAAAGACAUUUAGAUAGUGGAAACACACAUAGCAUGGCUAAGGUCGUUAUGUUUUAAAGAGCAGCGCUCUAGAAUGGUUGGAUGUUCAGCAUGCUUUACAUAGAAUGAGCCUUUCGGUUAUGCUCUAAUUAUGAAACCUAAAGAGGUCAGGACCUAAACCACAAUCUGGGACUAAGCAUACAACAAUGUUUUGCAAAGGGCACCCACUUACUUUCAAACAUUAAUUGAUCAUAUAUCCCUUAUAUUACUUUAUAAAUAAAAGAAACAUGUCCAAAAUUGCAUGCGUUUGCAGCAGACUUGUACGAGGAUUUUUAUCAUUUGAGGCAUACAUUUAAGAUUGUGUCAUGUACGUGGCUUUCUGUGAACAAAGAUAGAAAGAGGUGAUAUGACAGAAAUCAAAACAUAUGUCAAAAAUAGUAUUUUCAUUUUUUUAUUUAAAGGAUCACAAUAGGGUCAGGAACACAAACAUGUGUUCCUGACCUUAUAGUGCUAAAAACCACCAUCUAGCCACCCUGAGCCCCUCAUGUCUCCCUAAAUAUAGUAAAAAUCUUACUGUAUUCAAGCCUGAAGCUGUAGAUCUGCAUGCUGUUAGACUCAGAAAAACAAGCAGUCUGCUGACGACAUCAGAAGUGGUAGCCUGAUCCAAUCACAAUGCUUCCCCAUAGGAUUGGCUGAGACUGACAAGGAAGCAGAUCAGGGGCAGAGCCAGCAUGGUUCAAACAAAGCCCUGGCCAAUCAGCAUCUCCUCAUAGAGAUGAAUUGAAUCAAUGAAUCUCUAUGAGGAAAGUUCAGUGUCUGCAGUGCAGAAGGUCUUUGGUAUUGUGGAAACAAUGUGUCAUUCACAGGGUUAAUGUUUUUUGUUUUUUUUUGUGUGUGACAAUUCUUAUUUUCAUAUUCCUUCAAUACAAGGUAUAAAAGACAGUACGUGAGAAACAAUAGAUAAUACUUGCCAAUCCUUAAAGGGAAACUAUAGUGCUAGAAAAACACUAUAAUUUCCCUUUAAGUUUCUCCCUCCCCCCCCCGUGGUGCUGAAGGGGUUAUCAUUUACCUCAUUCAAACGUCUAUGUCACUCGAGGCUGCUUCAGAUUCCAUCUCUGCUCCUCCGCUGAUGUCACCCGGGAGGGGUUACCUAAUGCGCAUCAAGCUUUCCUGGGGGAUUUUGGGUGACCUUAGAUGUCCUCAUGCAAAGCGUGAGGAUGUCCAGCGUCAGUUAGGCAACCAAAAGUUGCCUAACCACUGUUUGGUAGACAACCACUUGAGGUGUGUUAACACUGCAAGGUAAUUAUUGCAGUUUAUCAAAAACUGCAAUAAUUACAAUUGCAGGUUUAAGGGGACUGGGACAAUGCACCCAGACCACUUCACUGAGUUAAAGUGGUCUGGGUACCUAUAGUGUCCCUUUUACUGAUCUCAGAAACUCAAAAUAACAUAGCAGAGAAGAACAGUGAGUUUCGUGAGCACGACAUUAACCCCUUAAGGACCGAGGACGGUUCAGGACCGUCAUCUGCCUUUUCCCAUUGCCGACCGGUGACGGUCCUGAACCGUCCUAACGGUCCUAGUUACUUACCUAAUCGCCGUUGCUCCCGGUGUGGGGAGACUGCCUGCAGCCCAGAUAGUCUCCCCACACCGGAUUAGGACCCAUGUGGCCAUGUGAUCGCUUAACACAGCGAUCGCAUGGUCACAAUAGGUGUCCAUGUGUCUGCCUGCAGGGGGACUGCCUGUGCUGACAGGCAGUCUCCCUGCUAGUGUAAAAUGAUUAAAAAAAAAUAGUUAGUGUUAAUAAAAAAUAAAAAAAUAUAUAUAUGUGUAUAUAAAUAUGUUCAAGUAGAGAUUGUAGCCGUAUUAGUCCAGUGAUGUAGAUGUAAAAAAACAGAUAAAAUUCUUAUCUUGUAAUACCUUUUUUAUUGGACUAACAGAGUUUUUUAAUGACAAGCUUUCGGGAAGGGAGAAAGGGAGGUUCUCCCGAAAGCUUGUCAUUAAAAAACUCUGUUAGUCCAAUAAAAAAGGUAUUACAAGAUAAGAAUUUUAUCUGUUUUUUUACAUGUAUAUAAAUAUGAUAUAUAGACAUAUAUUAUAUAUAUAUAUAUAUAAUAUAUGUCUAUAUAUCAUAUAUAUAAUGUCAUACUAAGUGUAUUUUUAUAUUAAUAUGUACUUAUAUUAAUAUAAAAAUACACUUAUAAUUAAAUUACACACAUAUAUAUAUAAUAUAAAUAACUAUAUAUAUUGUGUGUAUAUAUAUAAUUAUAAAAUAUAAAUAAUAAGUCAUUUAAAUUAAAUAAAUUUUUUUAAAUAAUAAUAAAAAUUGAAUUUUUUUUAUAUAUCUAUAUGAAAUUUUAUUCUAACUGUAUUUUAAAAUUAAUAUAUAUAUAUAUAUAUUUAUAUCAAAAUACACUUGAAUUUGUAUAUAUAUCUAUGUAUAUAUAAAUAAAUAAAAAUAAUACAAAAUAUACAUAUGUCCAUAUACAAAAUUACAUAAAUAAUUAUAUAAAUAUACACGUAGACUUCAAAUAUAUAAAUAUGCAUAUAUAUUUAAAUUCUAUGUGCGUAUUUAUGUAAUAUUUUUACAUAAUUAAGUAAUUUUAUUGAUUGCAAUUUGAGGGACCUGCCUGCCAACCCAGGCCAAAAGUCCAGAGAAUUUAAUUUGCUAGCACUGUAUUUUACCCUGUAAUGUUCUACGACACUCUAAAACCUGUACAUGGGGGGUACUGUUUUACUCGGGAGACUUCGCUGAACACAAAUAUUAGUGAUUCAAAACAGUAAAACAUAUCACAGCGAUGAUAUUGUCAGUGAAAGUGACUUUUUUUGCAUUUUCACACACAAACAGCACUUUUACUGAUGAUAUAAUUGUUGUGAUACGUUUUCCAGUUUUUAAACACUAAUAUUUGUGUUCAGCGAUGUCUCCCGAGUAAAACAGUACCCCCCAUGUACAGGUUUUAUUGCAUUUUUGAAAGUUACAAGGUCAAAUAUAUGGGUCAAAUAUUUUUACAUUGAAAAUGGCCAGGUUGGUUACGUUGCCUUUGAGAGCGUAUGGUAGCCCAGGAAUGAGAAUUACCCCCAUGACGGCAUACCAUUUGCAAAAGAAGACAACCCAAGGUAUUGCAAAUGGGGUAUGUCCAGUCUUUUUUAGUAACCACUUAGUCACAAACACUGGCCAAAAUAAGCAUUCAAUUUAUUUUUUUUUUUUUCACACACAAACAAAUAUGAAAGCUUACUUUGGCCAGUGUUUUCGACUAAGUGGCUACUAAAAAAGACUGGACAUACCCCAUAUUCAAUACCCUGGGUUGUCUACUUUAAAAAAAAUAUGUACAUGUGGGAUGUUAUUCAGAGAUUUAUGACAGAUAAUAGUGUUACAAUGUCACUAUUGAUAAAUUUUAAAAAUGUAUGUUUUGAAACCGCAAUAUCCUGCUUGUACCUAUAGCCCUAUAACAUGCAAAAAAAGCAAAAAAGCACGUAAACACUAGAUAUUUUUAAACUCAGGACAAAAUUUUGAAUCUAUUUAGCAGUUUUUUUCAUUCGCUUUUGUAGAUGAGUAAAAGAUUUUUCAAGUAAAAGUCAAAAAACAUGUAUUUUUUUAAAUUUUUCAUCAUAUUUUUUUAUUUUUUUUCAAUUAAAAUACAUGAGAUUAUAUAAAUAAUGGUAUUUAAAGAAAGCCCCUUUUGUCUUGAAAAAUACAAUAUAUAAUUUGUAUGGGAACAGUAAAUGAGAGAGCGGAAAAUUACAGACAAACACCACAAAAGUGUAAAAAUAUGCCUGGUCGCAAAUGUACAACAUCGCAAAAACAGUCCAGUCCUUAAGGGAUUAAACUUGUACAGUUAUCACAGUAAGCUGCAGUCAGACUAUUCCAAUGGGUUAAUGUUUUAUUCCUUUCCUUAGAGUAGGACAAAGCCGUCUUGUGCAGCAGCCACUGCAGUGUGUAACUGUCAUAUAUGAUUUGGCCUCCCAUGGAGCAGUGUAUUGUGUAUAAAAAUAGAUGCGCCAAAGUAUAAUCUCCCUGCUGUGUCAUGACACGGGUAAUUUCAUGUUUCACUGGCUGUCACACAGUAUUUUUUAUAUAUUUUAUAAGGAGAACACCUAAAUGCUAGCGAUUCACCACCUACAAAAAUGAUCGUAUGCAUAUACACCAUAUCACAUUCCAUAUACUAGGUUGCCUAAUCUUCACAGUGUGUUAUUUAUGAGAAAGGUAUCAUAGAAUUUCAGGCAAACAGGAAGGAUAUGAAGAAUAUCCUUAUAUUGGGACCUUAAGAGAGAGCUGCAGUAUUUCUGUCCAUAAUUGUAAUAAUUCUGAAGUUACGGUAGAUGUUAGAGAGUAUGAUAAAUGUAAGCUGUCAUGGCAACAUUGUCAAUUGGCCAAAUGUAAUAUAACCAAUCUUGGAAUGCAAAGAUCUUUUACAUGACAUUCUAUAAUAUAGAAAAUAUCUUUAUGAUACACCUAGCUGGGUCCUCAUUCCACAUUUUCUCCAGAGUAUGGGGCAAAUUUAGCUAUUUAAUUGGCUUUAAGCAGCAGUGCCCCUAUUAUUUUAGUCCUGUGGUUAGUAGAUACGGUAAUGUUUUGGGUGCAUGGCUAAACCUUAGUGGCUCUCUUCUUGACAACCAUUAGAGGGUUCUUACACUACAGCAAUGACCAAAUUUUAAUUGGUUAUGUGACAUUCGACGUUAAACAUAAUCAGAUACAGAUCAAAGGAAAGUAUUGGAUUCAGUGCUUCUCUUUGAGUAGCAUUUGAUUGGAUGGGCACAGCACACGCUUCUUUUUUAAAUCUUUAUUUUAGUGAGGCAUUUACGCAAAACAGUAUAAAGAAUGACAAUGGAAAGUUGCUCGGCCCUGAACGCAGUCAGGGGGAACGAGCUUCCGUAAAAAGUAGCCUCCAUUUUUCUUUUUGUAACAAGUAUAACACAACAUUGCAGGUAUUGGGUACAAUCAGUUAACAACGUAUUAGGAUAAUAUGCAGUGUAUAUGUGACAACGGUUAUUGCUUCGUAUACUUAGUGGCCUACAGCUCUACAGGCCUGCGACCCAUAGGCCCGGAUCUCUCAUGCAGGCUCUCAUGAAAAUUUACGGCAUGUAACAUAUAUCAGGCUUUGUCAUGGUGCAACAUUACAAUCUUAUAUGGGGUCAGUGUGUCUGGGAUAUGCAAUGGGUUUGUAAUGGUGACCUGUCCGUUUCUCUAUUGAUUAAGACAUCAUGUGUGUAUGUGGUUAAGAGAAAAUUGUCACGCUGUGUGAGGUCUGAGCCGGGAGGCCCGAGAUGUGAAUUAUGCGUUCUCUGUCGUGCGUGUGCGGGUUAAGAGCCCUUGACCAAGGGGGUUGCGGGGGCGGGGGGGUGUUCGGUCCGCCAUGUAGUGUGGUCUCUACGUCAUCCGACCAGGCCGGCUAUUUCUUAAAUUAGUUUGUCCUAUUAGAGGGUAGCAAUAGGGCAGCAGCUAGAGAUAUAUGACAGAUAUUAACUAUGAACAUAGAAAUAAGAGUGAACUUAAAUAAUGUAUUAACACAUGUGUAGAUAAGUGUUCAUUCAGGGCUGUCUGCGCCCUGUGUGUUCAUCGAUCGUGGGACGAACGGUGGUAUGGACGCAGGGUCCCUCAUUGCCGCCUGUGAUGCCGAGGUGGAGGGCACAUCAGCUUGCGAUAGUCCCAAAGUUUCCAGGAAGGUCGGUGCAUCCGUCAUGGAUGUCAGGGUGUGUGUCGUCCCGCCUUGGGUCGUAGUCAGGGACCCAUUCAGUCCCCAUCUGUAUUGUAGCCCCGCAGCUCGCAGUUGUGCUGUCACCGUGCUGUAUGAUUUGCGGUGCAGGAGAGUGGCCCUUGUUAAGUCCUGGAAAAAAGUGAGACUUGCGGUUUCAAAAGUGAAGGGGGUUUUGCCCUUCAUAGCUGACAUAAUCUGUAUCUUGUCCGGUAGUGAGGUGCAGCGGAGGAUGACAUCUCGUAUCGCUGUGGACUUAAAGUGAGAAGGGCUUGGGAGGCGAUAAACACUGUCGAUAGCUACUCUCUUUGCCUUUGCAUGUGGCAGGAUUGCGGCCAGCAGUCUCCUGAUGUAGUGGGGUAGCUCUUCAGCCGUAAUCUCUGUGGGGAUGCCCCUGAUUUUAACAUGGGUUCGCCUCUGGCGAUCUUCUAGUGAGGUGAGCUUAAGCGACAGAAAGUGCUGCUGCGUGUACAGUGUCUGUAUGGAACCCUGUACUUCGGAAAGGUGAGAUUGUACCUCUGUUAUGGCCUUUUCGUUGGUUCCAACCCUCUCCGACACUGCACGGACCUCCGUUUUGAGAAUGGCCGAGUCGGCCGCGAGUAGCUUAUGUAUUUCGGUUAGUAGGAGUUUUAGGUCCUUUUUCGUAGUAGGAGCUGAGUCAUCGGGUGGGUCUGGAGGCCCAUCUCGUUGUGGUGGUGGGUGCGGUGAUCCCUCGGGCCCAGUUUGGUGUGGCGCCGGGGCCUGCUCUCUUUCUUCCACGGCGGGAGGCCUAGAUGGCGGUGGCUUCUGGAACAUAGUUCCUAUGUCCCUAGUUUCUGCCGAGGUGUGCGUCCUCUGAGAACGCCUACCCAUGCUUGGCAAGCUCUGGGAUGAAGCCUGUACCGUGUGGGUGUAGGGUUGUUCCGCUCUUGAUGCUGCAAUUUCUCCCAGGAAACUCCCCAGGCCUUGCAGCGUGUUGUAGGCCCCGGUUUUGGGUUUCCGUCGGGCUGGCUUUGGCGGUUGGAAAAAAGGCAUCUAUCGAUGCUAUACGUUCCUCUGAUCACAGCUGGGAUUGUGUGGAAGCCGGAUUGGAAUCGGUUUAGCAGAUAUCGUCUGGAUUCGAUUUGCAGUUUUGGGAGCUUCAGAAAUGGCGUCUGGUCAGGACGCUUGGUAAGCCCCGCCCCCCCAGCACACGCUUCUUGUCCCUAAUGCUUCUCUAAGAAAUAUUGUAUUGGACGAGAAGCCAAGAAAGUGAUGUCUGUGGGUAUAGGUCACCAGAGGAGGAGCAGGCAGCACUGAUUGAGUCUUUAAUUUAAUUUAAUUUAAUUUAAUUGAAUUUAGGGGACAGGGGGCCCUUAAUCUAAAUAGGAAGGAAUACACUACAUUCUUAGAAAUACAUGAUUGUAUUCCUAACGCUGGAGUGUUCUUUUCAAUGUGUAUACACAAUGUGUGUUUCCUGGGUUAUACAAUAUUUUGAUAGUCCCAACAACUUUUCCCUGAAAAAAAUUGAGGAGAUUGCCAAGACGUAGAAAAACAGAUUGUUAAUCAUUCAAGGAACACCCUGAACACCAUCACAGCGUCAUGUAAUGGUUAUGGUGUUCUAGUGUACCCCAGUGUUAGGGGUAGGGGUACAAGUGGUUAGUAACGGUUUUACAUCUUAAUUGUGGUCCACCAGACGCUGCUCCACACCUCUGCUCUACUGAAAACUCUCCGUUGAGCUAAACUAAAGAGUGCAGGUCUUAACUCAUUAGCUGAGAGAGAUUUGCUAACGCUCUCAGCGAAUGAGUUAGCCCUGCACUGCAUUGCUCAGACUCAGGUAAGAAGUCAAACAGUUACAAAGCACUUUGACUCCUUACAUUAGGUAGCGCCUGACACCAUAAUCACUACAGAGUGUUGCAGGGGUUAUGGUACUUGGAGUGAUCCUUUAAUAGAUUACUUUGACUACUAUUUGUUUAGUUACAGUACUAAAACCCAGUGCUUAAACUACAUUGCAUUUUAAUGGUUUCUCUUGAAAAUCAUGUGUCUUCAAUGUUAUAUAAAUGUUUACAGUCCAUAUGCACUUGGUUGGGUGGACUUUCCAUUAGAUUAUAUAAGUUGUAGUAACUGGUGUCUCUUUAUGACCCUAGCAGGUCAGCAGUGGGAAAUGUUACUGGAAAGCUUCAUUAGAAUAAAUCUUUACAUUACUCUUUACUAUUGGUAGGGAUUCUGCCAGACUAAGGCAAACAUAGCUCACAAUGGAUCUUUAUUGUAGAAAUGCAACUUCAUAAAUGAAAGCGACACUGUAGGCACCAUGGCCAUUUCAUCUAAUUCAAUUGUUUACAGUUAAUGGAUUUCCAUGGUCUUGUCUAUCCCUUCAAUGAUAGACCAUUUUGAGCAGUUUCACUGAAUGAGAGUCCUUGGCAACCCACAGCCUUGUCCCUACUGGAGGAAUAGCUAAUCCGGAGAUUCUGCACUUCCUUAGUCAUGCCAGUUCAUACCAGCAGUGGGUGGCUGUGAUAGGUUAAAAGCAGUCAGCUGACAAUUUCGGCCAAUCGCUGCUGGCCUAAAAUUUAAAAUUUACUUUGAAUUCCUUGCAUGUUAUAGUUUAAAGGGAUUCUCUAGUGCCUGGAAAAUCCCUCCUGCCCCUCAGCCCAAGUCGCUGAAGGGGUUAAAUCCUCUUCAGACACUUACCUGAAUCUGGCACCGAUGACCCUCAACGCUGGGUCAGGCUCCGUCCACGCUCCACACCUGCCAACGUCCGCCGGCGGGAGAGACCUAAUGCGCAAGCGUGGCAAUGGCCGCACGUGCAUUAGACCUCCCUAUAGAAAAGCAUUAUAUAAUGCUUUCCUAUGGGGAUUCCGGCGAUGGUGGAGGUCCUCAUGCAUAGCGUGAAGAUGUCCAGCGUUGUUUAGACGACCAAAAGUCGUCUUAAGAAGCUGGAAAUCCCUCUAGUGGCUGUCUGGUAGACAGCCACUAGAGUAUGACUUAACCCUGCAAGGUAAUUAUUGCAGUUUAUAAAAACUGCAAUAAUUACACUUGCAGGGUUAAGGGUGAUGGGAGUUGGCACUCAGGCCUCUUCAAUGAGCUGAAGUGGUAUGGGUGCCUACAGUGUCCCUUUAAUGAAUAACUGUGAUAGUCCAUAGUUGCUGAAUAUUGCCUAUCCUUGUUUAAAGUGUUAAUACUUUAAGAUUCUGUGACUUUAUAUGAAAAUUUUUAUUUUUUGUAGGUAGCAUCAACUGAUUGACAAGCCAAUAUUCCAUUUAUUUCACAAAUACACUUUUGACACAAUGAACUGCCUGAAUUGUUAUGAAUAUGGUAUCCCUUCGGAAUGCAAUCAACAUCAGUUUUACUAGAACUCUGGGACACAAGGUACUUUCUGAAAUUAGUAGCAGAAAUAUUAUUAUCAGUAUCUAAACGCAAGAUCAAACUUUGGUUAGCAGCAUGGAGUUAUUGGCAGCAAACCAACCUGCAACUGACAAUUGCUUAGUUUUUACUACACGUAACCUUUUCAAGAAUUUAUCUUGAAACUGCCCUAGAAUUGUGAACAAAUUUCACUUAAUGGAGCAUUUCAAAAAUAUUUUCUGAAAGCAUUUUAGCUCCAUUCAUAUGCUUGCUUAAUGUGUGAUUAAACAAACAUAUGCUUUUUUUUAUAGCUGACAUGGAUGAUGAUGAUGACUCGGGACUUCUUGAUUUAAUUGGGUAAGCUUGCAUUUAAGAUUUUACAUUAUUAUUAUUUUACAUAAUGUAUUUCUGCAUAUUGUUAAGAUAAGUUGGACAGGGCCAGAUGUUCUUCUCACAAAGAAAAUUCUCAUGGGCUUGCCUAUAAGCCCCCCUAAAAAGUCAGAAUAAGUGAAUUUCAUACAUUUAUGAGAUGGUCAUUGCAAGAAUAAAAUGUGUAUUCAUAUCUGAUAACCUCAUGUGCAUAUAUGUGUAUUUAUGUUUGUCUGUAUUAUAACAUGUUUUACUCUGACAACAUAGUGUGUACUAUGAGAGUAAAUGAACUUUGUGUUUAUAAACCUAUGACGUAUUUUAAAUUCAUGCAGUGUUGGGAUGAUUGUUAUGUGUAGGGUGACAGUGUUAAGUUUAGGGUCAAGGUAAGGAGGGUUGGCUUUAGAGCAGAGGUGUUGUUUAAUGCAAGGGAGGUUAGGGUGUUUAGGAUAAGAGAGAGUGUCAUGGUUACUUUAAACAUCCUGCUUGUGGUUAGAGUGAUUGGGCUUUAGUGUUAAAGGACCACUAUAGUGCCAGGAAAACAUACUCGUUUUCCUGGCACUAUAGUGCCCUGAGGGUGCCCCCACCCUCAGGGACCCCCUCCCGCCCGGCUCUGGAAGGGGGAAAGGGUUAAAAACUUACCUUUUUCCAGCGCUGGGCGGAGAGCUCUCCUCCUCCGUUCCUCCUCCUGGACUGAAUGCGCACGCGCGGCAAGAGCUGCACGCGCAUUCAGCCCGUCGCAUAGGAAAGCAUUUACAAUGCUUUCCUAUGGACGCUUGCGUGCUCUCACUGUGAAAAUGAGACAGCCACUAGAGGAUUAGGGGGAAGGCUUAACCCAUUGAUAAACAUAGCAGUUUCUCUGAAACUGCUAUGUUUAUAAAAAAAAAUGGGUUAACCCUAGAAGGACCUGGCACCCAGACCACUUCAUUAAGCUGAAGUGGUCUGGGUGCCUAGAGCGGUCCUUUAAGGAUGGUGUAUCUUAUGGUUAGAACAUCAAUCAUGGCGUUCUGGCAAUCAUCCUUUAAAAUAUUGUUCUCUUCUGCCAUUAAAAUAGUGAAAAAGCAGUUUUGGAAAUAAUUGUUCUCCUGCGUGUCCUGGCUGUGCCUCAACUAAACUGGUGUGAUGUCACUUGCUAAAGCUUUAAUACACAUUUUAAAGGAAAAUUGAGCAUUACAUAAUACGGUUGACACAAGGCUGUUUUCAAUGUUUUAUUCAAAAACUUUAUUUCCAGGAACGUGACAGUUCAGCUUUAAAAUUAGAAGUAUUUUUAAGGAAAGAAGGGUUUAGCGUUACAGAGAUAUUAAAGUAACACUCAUAUUCAGGGCCAGAUUAAGAGCCCAGUGGGCCUGGUGCUGACAAUUAUGACGGGCCUAAUUACAGAAUCAUAUCGACCAAAAACAGUAGAAAACAGCAGCUAUAAGAAAACACAUACCCUAGGCUAAUCUCUCUCUAAUUUAUGUUUUCAUCUUUCAAGUAAAUCCAUAACCCCUAACAGCAGUGUCCAGUCAAGCAGGAAGGUAAAAGGGUGUGCCAUUGACACAAAUCACGGAACCUGACAAAAGGGGCGAACAUGCCCAUGUCUGCCCAAAGAAUUAGAAGACCAGCCUGGCGUGAAUGCAUGUCAGGCUGCCUGCCAAUCAUGCAGCUGGCCAACUAAGGGCAUACUAUGUAGACAGCACCCUGAGCUUGGCAUAAAUGCAUCUAAUGAUGCGCUCACUCAACGCCUUCUAAGGACUGUCCCCUAGCACUCGCUGGUCCACUUGUCUCCUUACCUUCUUAGUAGCACACAGAAGCUCCUGGUAUAUAGUCUGGGACAGAGAAAAGCUGUAUGUAGUGAGUGUAGAAGAAAGGGAACAUGCCACAGUGUUAGAGAGACCAAAGUCAUCAUUACCUUAAAGGAUCACUAUAGGGUCAGGAACACAAACAUGAAUUCAUGACCCUAUAGUGUUAACACCACCAUCUAGCCCCCUGGGCCCCUCAUGCCUUCAUAAAUAUAGCAAAAUCUUAUUAUAUAAGCGUGAAGCUGUAACUCUGCAUGCCGUUAGACUCAUAAAAACAAGCAGUCUGCUGACAUCAUUAGAAGUGGUGGCCUGAUCCAAUCACAGUGCGUCCCCAUAGGAUUGGCUGACACUGACAAAGAGGCAGAUCAGGGUCAGAGCCAGCAUGAUUCAAACACAGCCCUGGCCAAUCAGCAUCUCCUUAUAGAGAUGAAUUGAAUUAAUGAAUCUCUAUGAGGAAAGUUCAGUGUCUGCAUGCAGAGGGAGGAGACACUGAAUGUUUGGAUACAUUUUAGGCAGCCAUGACCCAGGAAGGAUCUCUAACAGUCAUCUAAGGAGUGGCCAGUGAAGUUAUCACUAGGAUGUAAUGUAAAGACUGCAUUUUCUCUGAAAAGACAGUGUUUACAACAAAAAGCCUGACGGUAACGAUUCUACUCACCAGAACAAAUUCAAUAAGCUGUAGUUGUUCUGGUGACUAUAGUGUCCCUUUAACUAUAUUCAUUGUCAGCCAGUCCACACAUGUUUUGUUCCCAUACAUCCCUCUUAAGUUUCCAUACUUAAGUAAGAGUAUGUGAAAAGUAGUUAGGGUUGCCACCUUUCCUGGAAAAACAUACCUGCCUUACUAAUUUGCAUAAUUAAAUAUGUAUGGGUGACAUCACAUGAUGUAAAUCACAAGGAGUGACAUAAGAGAAAAUGCUGUAAAAUCACCAAAAAAACUACUUAGUUUGAUUCUGCUGUAUAGAUGGAUUCCUCCUAGUGCCCCCAUGUCUCCCAGUGCCCUCAUGACUCAGUGCCCCCAUGUGUUGAUUACUCCAGGUCUCAGUGUUCCUAUGUAUCAGUGUCUCAGUGCCCCAUGUCUCCCUGUGUCCCCAUGUAUCCCAGGGUCCCCAUGUCACUAGGACACUAGGAAGACAGGGAGACCUGGGGACACAGGGAGACCUAGGGACACGGAGACACCAGUGACACUGGGAGACUAGGGGACUCUGGCUGGGACACAUGGGGACAAUGGGAAAAUAGGGGACACUUGAAGACAUGGGGACACAGACACCAGGGACACAAACACUAGAGACACUGGCUAGGGGACAUUGAGACAUGGGGACACUGGGAGACAUGGGGACACUGAGACACCAGGGCCACAGACACUAGGGACACUAGCUUGGAGACAUGGGGACAUUGUGACACUUGAGGCACUGAAAGACAUGGAGGCACUAGGAGACAUGGGGACAGUGAGACACUGGGAGACUAGGGGUCACUGUGAGACUAGGGGCACUGAGACACCAGGGACACUGGCUGGGAGACAUGGGGACAGUGGGAGACAUGGGGACAGUGAGACACUGGCAGACUGGGAGACUAGGGGGCACUGAUACACCAGGGACACUGGCUGGGAGAUAUGGGGACACUGUGUCCCCAUGUGUCUGUGUCAUAAUGUCUCCCAAUGUCCCUUAGUGUCUCAGUGUAUGUCUCCUUGCAGCCUUCCCCCCAUCCCUUACUUCCCUGAGCUGUAGGCUGUCUCUGCAGGGUGGGAGUUGCUGUCUGGACUCUCUGUAGCUGCUCCCCUGCAGAUCAGUGAGUAUAGAUAGGCAGGAGGGAUAUGCUGGAGCUUCCUAUCCCUGCCUGUCUCCACAUACUGGCCAGUGCUGGUAUUGCAGAGUAAUCUCUUGUUUAUACUGAGAAAAAUACCAGCAUUUGUAUUGCCAGUCUCACUGCAAUAUUGGCACCAGCCAGGCAGCCUCAAAUACUGGCUGUGCCAAUAAAAUAAAAGCCAGGUGGAAUCCCUAAGAGUAGUGUGUGAAAAAAUGUAAUUUAAAAAAAAAUAUAUAUAUAUAUUUUUUUUUUUUUAAUCAAUGGGCCUGGGCCUGGAGCUGCAGCUCCAUCAGCCCCUAUGUUAAUCCGGCCCUGCUCAUAUUACAUAGUUGUGUUUAGUAUUAGGGUUAUGAACUUUAACUGGAUAUAGGGUUUCAAUAGGAGUUUUUUAAGUUGAUGGUUUAGCCCUAGAGACAUGUUGUAUUUGAUAUUCAUACUGUGCAGUCUUUCUUGCAAGUGAGGCUAUGUUUGUGAUGCCAUUUUCUUUCUUCUUCCUGUCCUGUCCAGUCCCUCUCAUUGAAAUAAUGGGAGUGUCACAGUGACAGUUCUGUUAUACACAUUGUGUCUCUACUCCUGAACCCUGCUUUACUACUAUAGUAAUAGGAGACAUAGGUUAAGGCAGGCAGCAUGGGACCUUAUUGCAAUCAUGGCUUGCAAAUAUAUCUUCACUCCCCAUGUUCAUGCAUUCUCGAGCAUCGAAAUGAGAUGAGUGACCGCUCAUCUGGCUGCUAAAGCCUCCUCUCUUCCCAGUCUCUGAGAGGGGGAAGGAGAGAAGGCUGUAAAGAGGGAUGGUAGGGGGAGCUUUUGUGCUAUAUUUGACUAACUUCCCAAAACGGAAUAGUCACACGCACUAAAUACAAAUAUGUGUAUUUUAUUGCAGUAAAAUCAAACAGUAUUAUGACACUGACCUAAUUUUGCAAUUUAGAAACAUCAACCAUCAAAAAUAUCGUAUUUUCUCCCAAAAAAAAACAUAUGUGCGAUGUUUCAUAGCUAAAUAUUUGAUAUUAAAUGGUUCCCUGUUUCCCCUGAAUAAAAUGAUAUAUAACCCUGCAUGGGUGCAUUUACUAUGAAAGAGGUGUAUUACGGUUGGACAGACAUGUAGCGCAAAUGCCAGGUUUUGUUUACAUUUUGUUUUGUUCACAAUGUGUACAUUUGGCUCCGUCCUUAAGGGGUUAAACUGACUGUGUUUACUGUUGUGACCAUUAUUCCCACAUGUUUUCAUACACUUUGCAUUCUAUCUGUAUUUCAAUAAUGUCCAUUUCCCAAAAUGCCAAUAGAUUGCUUUUAAAUAAUCAUAACAAUUUGAUCAUUUUUUUGUUCUGUUUUCUCAAGCAUUUUGUAUGUUGCAAAAUAGUAUAAGUGUUUGUACAUGAGUUUUUCUGAAACCUGCAUGUAGUUAUGGAACUAUUAGGCUAACUAGGCCUUUGGCAGGAGGAGGAAAACUUCAGGCCCUUCAGAUGUUGCGGACUACAUAGUUUUCUUACAGAUGUAAUGCUGGCAAAGCAUCACGGGAGACGUGGUCCACAACAUCUGGAGUGCCGAAGGUUGCCUAUCCCUGGCCUAGGGUACAGGCUCUAAACAGAUACCUGGUGGACAAAGGGUGAGCAGAACCACCUAUAAGACCCAUCUUAAAGGAACACAAUGGGUGCUAACACAACUUAAGGGCAUUUGAUAGGUUUUGGACACACAUUAAUUUGUUCUAUGUAGUUUUGCUUUAAAAAAUUGCCACUUUCUGCAGUUUAACUCGGCCCCCAUAGUCACACCUCCCUUUUUUACAAAACAUUUUCCUGAUUGGAGGAUAUUACAUGUCAGUCUGCCAGUAUCUGAUCAAUGUGAGCUGAACUGCUGAUCUGGCUCCGCUCCACAGCCCACUGUCCACUUACUAUUUGUAUGGUCAGGCAUAGAAUAUUGAAACAAAGCUUGAGUGAAAAUAAGGAAAUAAGAGAACUUGAUUGGCUCUGGAGUGAAGUCAUGUUAGCAGCUCAGCUCACAUUGAUCUGAGCUGUGUAUGCAUACCUUCCAAUUCCGACAUCCUGCAAAUCGAGACGCCAGUGGGAGAAAGCUAAAGGGGCGGGCAAGUCACACGAUAAGGGGUCAACCCAUUUGUAAAGGGGUGGUCCACCCAAGUUAAUGGCAGGUCAGCAUGGAAUGAAUAGGCUGCCUGUCAAUCAUGCGGGCCGGCCCACUGAGGGCUGACCCUGUAGGGAACACAGGUUCAGGAUUCCCUGCAGAGUCCUAGUGGCCUAGUCAUAGAGCGAGUACGUCUAUUGAUUCACUUGUGCUGUGAUUGUUGGAGUUAGUUUCCUAGUAUCCCCAAAAGCUAGACACCAGGGAACUAAGGCGGGACUUUGCAACAGGACUCUAAAAUCGUGACUGUUCCCACCGAACUGGGGACGUUUGGGAGGCAUAGUAUCUACAAUGAGUCAUCAGGCAAACUGGAAAAUGUUUUGUGAAAAGGAAAGGUGUGGAUACAGGGUUAUGCUGAAAAAAUUUAGCAUUUGUUUUAAAACAAAGCUAAAGAUAUUUGAAUGUAGAGAAAAAAGAAUUACAGCAUGAGCAUGAGCCAUGUACUCAACCAAAAACAUUUGUAUUAUUUUAUUUUUGUAAACUCUAUAAAAAAUGCAGAUGUUAUCACAAUCAUGACAACGGGUGUAUGGAGUGGUGUGGAGGGACAUGGCUGGCCCUAGGGUUAAAGUUAUCCAAGAUACAGCACUGCCUGUGUGAAUUAUUGCAAGACAAGGGACAUCGCAUAAUCCUUAUUUAUUUAUACCUCUAGUAGUGAGAACAUGGAGCAUACAUUGAAAAUUUAAAUUCUGUAAAUAUAUAGAAUUCAAUUGUUUUAGGUAUCUAUGAACAGCAGAAUAUACACACAAACUAGCUGUUUUGCCAUAAUUGAUGUGCUUAUCCCACAUUUCAAAUAAAUGUUACAUAUUUAGUACCUAAUUUUUUUAUAAUGAAACAUGCAUGGUAGUGAAGCGUAAUACAUGUCCAAUGAUGUAUGUUCUGCCAUUGGUUAUAUAAUUGUGUAUUCUAAUGAACUAAAAUUUCUCUUCAAUUUCUCUCUUCAAGUGACCCACAGGCAUUAAAUUUCUUUCUGCAUGGAGGUGGCAGUAAAUCUGUAAGUUAAGCCUUUUUUUUUUCAAUUUAAAUCAUUCAUCGUUUUUUUAAUAAAUGUGAAACUUGUUACCAAAUCAGAUUUGUUUUAGCAUUCUGGCACAUAUUAAACUUUUUUUUUUAAUGUUUCUAAUUUUCUAUAAACAGAAAGAAUACUCUACAUAUAUUUCGAUUAUACAAUCUCCCCCACUACUGCCCCAUCACAACCCUCAUGCAACCAAACCCCCUAUACAUUUACACUACCUACACCUCCUAUCAUCCCAAGGUACCCUCUACAGCCCCUACACCCUCUGAAGCCCCUACCCCCUUCUCUCCCCUGCAGCCACUACCCCCUGCUCUCCCCUGCAGCCAAUAUCCCCUGCUCUCCCCAUCUCCUACACCCUUGCUGCCCUACCCCCUUGCUCCCUGUGCAGCAGCUACCCCCCUGCACCCUCUAUUGCACCUACCACUCUGUUGCCCAUGCACCCUCUGCAGCCACUGGACCCUCUACAGCCCCGACACCCACUACAGCCCCUGCCCCCAGGCAUCCUCUACAGCCCUUAUCCCCAGACACCCUCUACAGCCCCUAUACCCCAUGCACCCACUAUAGCUCCUAUUUCCCUCUGCACCCACUACAGCCUGUCCCUCCUCUGCACCCACUACAGCCUCUAUUCCCCCCAGCACCCUCUACAACCCCGACCCCCAUUCACCCUCUAUAGUCCCUCCCCUCUGCAGCUCCUCCCCCCCUGCACUCUCUACAGCCCCAUGUGCAGCACUGACAGUGUUGCAAAAUGUGCAGCACUGACAUUCAGCAUCUCCACGGUCUGCAUGGAUACGCUGAACGCUAGUCAAAGAGAAUCACUGAUUCAAUUCAUCUCUAUGAGGAGAUGAUGAUUGUCGCAGCAUUGCGUUUUGCCUUGCCUGCACAAUCAUCUUCCAGUGCUUUCCUAUGAUAAAGGUUUUGUUUGACUGAGAUCAUCUAAAUUGAUGAACUUCGCCAAGGAGGUGGAGCAGGGGCAGUGCAGCCAUGAGUUUGGACGGCGCUGGAAUAAAAGUGAGUAAAUCACCUUUUUAAUGGUUGCUUAUAAACGUACAGUGUCAGGAAUACACGUUUGUAUUCCUAACACUAUAGUGUUCCUUCAAGGUGGCUCGUAACAUUUAACACUUUGUUUGUAAUUUAAGACGUAAAAUUUGGAGGCCUGCAUACCUCAUACAAACACAUUGCCAAAAUCCAUAAAUAUAUUGCCAUGCUACACAAACACACAUAAAGUAAACACAACCCUAUUUACAAAACCAAAAACAUGUAUUCAGAUAUACUCUGAAUCCACAUAUCCUGACACUACAUACAAAGACAUACAUAUAUCCACUUACAGCAUUGCUCACAGUGCAUAUACACACAGAAACAUACAUUUACUUUACAUGUACAUACAAUCAAAUACACUUUGCACCUACACCAGCAUAUAUAUUGGUCUGCUGGAGGCCCAGGAGCUAAUUUUGCCUGGUGGCCCAGGCCACUGUCAGUCCAUCCCUGUUGGUAGGUACUAACCAAUGCACACUGGGAACACUCCACAAGACCGUUUUGGAGAUGUUCUGACGCAGUUGUCUAGCCAUCACUAUUUGGCCCUUAGCAGCUUAGUCGAAGUCACUAAGAUCUUUUUGCUUGCCCAUUUUUCCUGCUUCCAACACAUGAAAAACAAGAACCUACUAUUCACAUGCUGCCUAAAGUAUCCAAUCACUUUACAGAUGCCAUUGUAAAGAUAUAAUCAAUGUCAUUCACUUCACUUGUCAGUGGUUUUAAUAUUGUAUAUCAGUGUAUAUACAAAACUGCUUAUUUAAGUCAAAUAUGUUCUGGUACUUGAAGUGUCUCUUUCUUUACUACAUUCAAGCGAAAUUUUCAUUUGUACUCAUUCUUUUUUUCCUCAUUACUUAUUUCAGUUAAAAGUGGGGUAUAUACACUGAACACAAUUAUAAAUACAACACUUUUGUUUUUGCCCCCAUUGUUCAUGAGCUGAACUCAAAGAUCUAAGACUUUUUCUAUGUACAGAAAAGGUCUAUUUCUCUCAAAUAUUGUUCACAAAUCUGUCUAAAAUCUAUGUUAGUGAGCACUUCUCCUUUGCCGAGAUAAUCCAUCCACCUCACAGGUGUGGAAUAUCAAGAUGCUUAUUAGACAGCCUGAUUAUUGCAAAGGUGUGCCUUAGGCUGGCUACAAUAAAAGGCCACUCUAAAAUGUGCAGUUUUAUCACACAGCACAAUGCCACAGAUGUCGCAAGUUGUGAGGGAGUGUGAAAAUUGACAUGCUGACUGUAGGAAUGUCCACCAGAGCUGUUGCCCAUGAAUUGAAUGUUCAUUUCUCUACCAUAAGCCAUCUCCAAAGGCUUUUCAGAGAAUUUGGCAGUACAUCCAACCGGCCUCACAACCUCAGACCACGUGUAACCACACCAGCCCAGGACCUCCACAUCCAGCAUCUUCACCUCCAAGAUCGUCUGAGACCAGCCACCCGGAUAGCUGCUGCAACAAUCGGCUUGCAUAACCAAAGAAUUUCUGCAUAAACUCUCAGAUACUGUCUCAGGGAAGCUCAUCUGCAUGCUCGUCGUCCUCAUUGGGGUAUCAACCUGACAGCAUUUCGUAGUCGUAACCGACUUGAGUGGGAAAAUGCUUACAUUCGAUGGCGUCUGGCACUUUGGAGAGGUGUUCUCUUCACGGAUGAAUCCUGGUUUUCACUGUACAGGGCAGAUGGCAAACAGCGUGUAUGGCGUUGUGUGGGUGAACGGUUUGCUGAUGUCAACGUUGUGGAUCGAGUGGCCCAUGGUUGCGGUGGGGUUAUGGUACGGGCAGGCGUAUGUUAUGGACAAUGAACGCAUGUGCAUUUUAUUGAUGGCAUUUUGAAUACACAGAGAUACCAUGACAAGAUCCUAAGGCAUAUUGUUGUGCCAUUAAUCCACGACCAUCACCUCAUUUUGCAGCAUGAUAAUGCACAGCCCCAUGUUGCAAGGAUCUGUACACAAAUCCACAUAUGUCACCCAUUGAGCUUGUUUGGGAUGCUCUGGAUCUGUGUAUACAACAGCGUUUCCCAGGUCCUGCCAAUAUCCAGCAACUUUGCACAACCAUUGAAGUGGAGUGGACCAACAUUCCACAGGCCACAAUCAACAACCUGAUUCGCUUUAUGCAAAGGAGAUGUGUUGCACUGCGUGAGGCAAAUGGUGGCCACACCAGAUACUGACUGAUUUUCGGACCCCCCCGGCGCUCCCCAAUACAGUAAAACUGCACAUUUUAGAGUGGGCCUUUUAUUGUGGCCAAUCUAUGGCACACCUGUGCAAUAAUCAUGCUGUCUAAUCAGCAUCUUUAUAUGCCACACCUGUGAGGUGGAUGGAUUAUCUCGGCAAAGGAGAAGUGCCACUAAAACAGACUUAGACAGAUUUGUGAACAAUAUUUGAGAGAAAUAGGCCUUUUGUGUACAUAGAAAAGUCUUAGAUCUUUGAGUUCAGCUCAUGAAAAAUGGGGGCAAAAACAAAAGUGAUGCGUUUAUAAUUUUGUUCAGUGUAUUUAAUUCAUUCUUAUCUCGCACUUUGCAGGCUGAAGAUGAAUUAAUGAAUGCAGAUUUUUCAUCACCCAACUCAAAUUCCAUAUUUGCCCAUAUUACUGUAAGUAUCAUUACAAGAAACUUUUUUAUUCAAUUAAAAAUUAUCUUUAGUAGGCAUUUUAAGGCAUGUCUCCUGCAAAUAGCAAAUGGAGCCCUGUGAAUCAUUGACCUCAGUCUAUUAACUGCUGCUUGGGUACUGCCUGGGUAUACCUUUCUCACAGUGACAGAGAGUUAGUACGCCAGGGGACUAACUUCUGGGUUAAACCAUUGGUUAACCUCUGAAGGUAAGAUGGCGCUUAGACACUCCUGUUGCUUAAUUUUUUAUGAGGGUGGGAGUUUUCCUUUAAUGCCAAUGGCAGAGGACCUAAAAAAUAUAUUGUUAUUCCAUAUAGUAACUGCAUGUACUCUGUCUUAAAUAAGUAAAAUAAAAUGUUUUUAUUAAUACCUCUGUUAAUAUGUGAUAUUGUGUUGUGUCCCCACCCUCACAUUUUUAUUCGAUAGAAGGUGCUGACAUUAAGCACAAUUUGGUAGCAGCAAACCUAUUAAAUUAAAUAUUUAGUAGAAUAAUAUCUGUAACUAUUGUUAAGUCUUAUAAGAUUUCUAAAAGUCAGCCUAACAAAUCUUAUUAACAUUAUAUUUUUUAGCAUGCAGAUCCUAAAUCAUCCAUCAAAAGUACUCACAAUCCCAUGGGGGAAGGAUCCAAUGAUGGAUUACAGUUGUCAAGUAGCUUGCAGUUUCUUGAAGAUGAACUUGAAUCUUCAUCUAUGCCCGAUCUCAGUGAAGACAUUCUUCAAAAAUCACUGGAAGAGGCCAAUAUUACAGAACAAAUUUUGGCAGAAGAAGCAUACUUGGAUGCCAGUGUAGGAUCUGGCCCACAGUUUUCAAAUGUUUCAAUUCAUUCACACUCAUCAGCAUCUUUUACUCAGGCGACUAAUGUCCCUAAUUACUCAGGUCAAUCAUUGCAUUCAGUAGGAGUGACCCAUGUGCCUCUAGUACAGCAACAAGUAGGCACAUCGUUUGCAAGCAAUACAGUAGGUGUGCAACAUGGAUUUAUGCAACAAGUGGGGAUCAUUCCUAACCAGCAUAUGUCUAAUAGUAAUCAUAGUGGUUCUGGACAGAUCCACGUAAUUAGCUCUAUUAAUAACCAGUCGCCAGUUAUGACUAUUAAUAACCUUGACGGAUCACACAUUAUACUGAAAAGCGGACAGCAAGCAUCUGCCAACGCAGGACUCAUGGUUCAUAGGCAGACUCCCAAUGGCAAUGCAAUGUUUGGAAGUCCAAAUGCAAGCCCAGGAGGGCAAUCAGUUGCUGUUCCAUUCAACAGUGGCAACUUUCACACAUCUUUACCUGUCCAUAAUAUUAUUAUCCAUAGAGGAUCAACACCAAAUACCCAUAAGGCCCACAUUAACAUUCAGCCAAAGCCUAUGCAGAUCGGACAACAGACUACAUACAAUGUGCAUCAAAUAGGCGUACAACAACAUCAUGUCCAUCAAGGGGUGCCUUUCGCUUCUGGAAACCCUCCUCAAAGUUCAGUUGGCCAGCAAAUGGCUGUUAAUCAACAGGGCCCUCGGAACCAAGUUGGUCAACAUCCUGGAGGUAGCAUUGUUAUUCAUUCUUCUAUGGGGCAAUCACCUGGACAUCCAAACCAGUUUGUCAUUCCUACAGGCCUCUCUGUGAAUUCUGGUUCAGUCCAGCACAUCCAGACCAUUAAUAAUCCACUGGUUCAGUCCCAUCUCAAUUCUCGUCAACUCCCGGCAGAUCAUUUAAUGUUGAACAGAAAUACAGCCAGUAUGGUUAGACAUAAUCAACCAUACUCAGGGCAAAUGGUAAAUAACCAAGGCACAGCUGUGCAGCUUGUGCCUGGUCAGACUUUUACUGGACCUGGAGGCCAGGUUAUUUUAAACCAUGGACAAAUGUCACAAAUAUCACCUACAGUUUUACAUUUGUCCCCUGGUCAAAGUAGUACUGCUCAGACUAGGUCGACCUAUACAUCUGUACCCCACAGUGGCACUAGCAUGUCUGUCCCCAAUCGUUUCACUGUUGUAAGUUCCAACACAGUACUUCAGAAUAUGGGACCAUCUUAUCAGACUUCUGCCAGAGAUGAACAAUUUGUCGGCGAUCAACAUCAAAACAGAACCCAUUCUGCAAUGAAUGAAUCUCAUGUUACGGUUACCAGUGCUAAAUCCACCAACGUCUUCUGUACCACUACAGGCUCCCAGCAGACAUACACCUGCAGCCAGGUAUUUAAAACAAAGCUAUGAUUAUUUGUAUUUAGAUAUGUUUUCAUGUUGUUGUUUUUUUUUUGCUAUACAAAAUAAAAAUAAUACCAUUAGAACAUACAAUUUGGAUAUAUCAAAUAUUUUCUACUUGUCAUAGGUUCACAAUAAAGUUAUGAACCAUCAAUCCCAUGUGUCAUCAAUGAAAAACCAGGAUGGACUGCGACAACCACAUAUGCCGGGUAUUCUUACUAAAUCUCUUUUACAGGAUAUACUAAAUGUACUAAUCUAUAAAGAAUUUAACCAUUUCACUGUGUAUUUAUGUUAACUAACACACUAGUUAUAAAUAGUUUCUCAAGUUACAAAUUUAGGUCAGGUAAAAACCAGAAUGAUUCAAGACACCAACUGCUCUUAAUCUGUCCUGGUAACUUUGUUAUAUGCAUCUAACUGUUUAAUAAAAAAUAUAUUCCAAAAAAUAUUUCAGUUAAUACAGCACUCACAUGCAUAAAAAUAUGCAUCAGAAAAAAAGAGAAUUACUGUGUAAAUAUGCAAGAGUUAAUUUAUUGUACACUAGAUACAUCAAAUUCAUAAAAAUAGAAAUAUACAAAUUGAUGAUCUCUCCAUGAAUUCAUCUAUGAUACAUGUGACAAAAUUUCAUAAUAUAUACAUCCCAGACUAUUUACAACUAUAUACAGUCCAUGAACACCAUAUGCAUGAAGCUGAAAGUUCAUAAAUAUUCAAGUGGAUCCACCACUAGAUUGCUGUUCAGUUUAAAAAAGCAAAAAACUAAAAUAAAGAAAAAAAGUGAAAAAGGAAAAAUGACAAAAAAAAUGAAAAAACUGAAAAGUUCAAAGGACUGCAAAAAGUGCACUGAUUAUAUGAUGAAAAAAUGGUUGGAUCUCACCACAGAUUAUGCAUUUUUUCAUCAUAUAAUCAGCACACUUUUUGCAGUCCUUUGAACUUUUCAGUUUUUUCCUUUUUUGUUAUUUUUUCCUUUUUUCUUUCCUUUUUUCUUCAUUUCCCCCCCCUUUUUUUUCUUUUUUAAACUGAAUAGCAAUCUAGUGGUGGAUCCACCUGAAUAUUUAUGAACUUUCAGCUUCAUGCAUAUGGUGUUCAUGGACUGUAUAUAGUUAUAAAUAGUCUGGGAUGUAUAUAUUAUGAAAAUAUGUCACAUGUAUCAUAGAUGAGAUCAACAAUUUGUAUAUUUGGCGACAGUGGUCUUUUUUUCUAUUUUUAUGAAUUUGAUGUAUCUAAUGUACAAUAAAUGAACUUUUGCAUAUUUACACAGUGAUUCUAUUUUUUUCUGAUGCAUAUUUUUAUGCAUGUGAGUGUGGUAUUAACUGAAAUAUUUUUUUGUAUAUAUAAUUGAGGUCCUUUUGGGGAAUACCUGCACCAUUACGUAAUUUAAUGCUAACACAUUCAACACUGAAUUUAAUAAAUAUAUACAAUUAUGUAUUUUUUUUAUCUUGCAGGACACAACUCUGGAAGUAAGCAAUUACAUGAGUCUCUGACUCAACAACAAGAACAACUACUAGGAUCCCCACUGCAAAAUAUGGAGGUUAGAACUUUUGAGACUGUAAUGUUUCAUAUGUUGAUAUUCAUAAACACUCAUCAAAUCUAAUUUACUAAUUGUUUUUUAAGACACGGAGAUAAAUCAUUUAAAAUAUUUUUAAAAAAGUAACAAAAGAAAAAAAUAAAUUCCUUUUUGCAGCAAAUUCAUAGACUUGAGUCUCUCAAGUGAGGUCUGUUGUAACCAGGAGCUGCCUGAGAUCUUUCAUUCAGUCUCUGGUUUGCAAUUAAUUUAAAGUGUGCAUGAAAACAUGUGCAUGUAUGCAAUAAUACCUCGGGCAAAUGAAUGACAAGGACUUUUUGCAGCAUUUCUUCAGUUGGUAAAAAAUAAUGCAUUAUGAAUUUGAUGGAAGAUGCCAGUCUAUCCUAUUAGAUUGUGCAAGCAAAUGUUUUAUGAAGAAAACACUACAUGCUCUUAAAUACUAUGGCAUUAUUUCCCAUUAGAGGGGAACUGUGUUGGAUAGGUUUUAUUUUCAUAUUGUUCUGUUUGGAGAAUGUUUACAGCCCAGUUGGGUACAGGAAUAAUUUCUGUAUUUAUUUCAAUGCGGCAUAUGUAGUAUGUUGCAGAGUCUCAACACUCUGUAUUGGUAUUGAGGGACCUAGAGUUGAAGCCGUGGCACAUUUUGUAAAGUGCUGCCGAAUAGGUUAGUGCUGUAUGAAUGCUCAUAAUAAUAAUAAUACUUUUUGUCAGCAAUCAUGCAAAAAAUCUGGCAAAUCCACAUUCAGUCAGUUGUGUGGUUGCAAGCCAACUGUGUGGAGUGUUCUUUUCUAAAUAUAUAACGAAAAUAAUUUUAAACAACAUUAACUAAUUGGUUGCAAAAUGCAGUUGUAGAAAAGUUGCCAAAAUGGCUGACUAGAAAAAAGCAAGCAAUUUAAAAAAAAGAAAAACACGGGGAACAUACAUUAAGAAGUGUCUGUGUAACAGUGAUAUAAUACUCAAGAAUCCUGGAUGAGGCUAUAUGUUGAAAUGUAUAAAUAAGGAGAAUAAACUAUUGGUUGAUGCUUUAUUCUUCUAUUAACUACUUAGGUACCACAUGAUGGUCGAUGCCGUCCUGGAGUACAGGGCUUUAACGUCCGUUGACGGCAUUGACUGUCAUGCAUUAAAAGUACCAGCAGAGUUAAAUCUUGCCGGAACCAGGGAGCACCAGGUAUUAGUGGAUAUGUAAGGGUCCCCUCUGUCAGCUGGAACCACAGCUAAAGGCCCUAGACUGAUAGAUCCUAGAUGAGCUAUGUGCAGCACUCAAAGUAAAUAACACUUGAAAUCACAUUAGGGGUAAGAUUAGGUGCAAAGGUAUACAUCAUUGUAAUAAAGAACAAUAGAAUGCAAAUUUGGAGUCUUUACUGUAGUAGGCCCACACACGUGGUUUGUGAUAUCCCCCGAAAUAAAACAAAUGUGACAAAAAAACGAAAUAGAACUAACAAAUAUGACCACGGUUUGUGAUAAAAUGGUUAAAGUAAAAGUGUCAAAAUGGUCAUAGUUAACUAGCCUAGGGAUACACAUUUUUGUGUAGAGAUUCUGGAUUCUGUGACCACUAUUAAAGUUGUAAUUUCAGCAUGACAAAUUUUGUAAAGUUUACACAUUAAAACCAUAAUUGCACUCCUUGCAAUAUUUAAUUUAUAUCUUCUACAGAUUAAUUGAAAUCAUACAUAUUGGGCAGUACAAUAAAACGAAACAUAGAAUGUGACGGCAGAUAAGAACCAUUCGACCCAUCUCGUCUGCCCAAUUUUCUAAAUACUUUCAUUAGUCCCUAGUCUUAUCUUAUAGUUAGGAUAGCCUUAUGCCUAUCCCACGCAUGCUUAAACUCCUUUACUGUGUUAACCUCUACCACUUCAGCUGGAAGGCUAUUCCAUGCAUCCACUACCCUCUCAGUAAAGUAAUACUUCCUGAUAUUAUUUUUAAACCUUUGUCCCUCUAAUUUAAGACUAUGUCCUCUUGUUGUGGUAGUUUUUCUUCUUUUAAAUAUAGUCUCCUCCUUUACUGUGUUGAUUCCCUUUAUAUAUUUAAAUGUUUCUAUCAUAUCCCCCCUGUCUCGUCUUUCCUCCAAGCUAUACAUGUUAAGAUCCUUUAACCUUUCCUGGUUAGUUUUAUCCCGCAAUCCAUGAACCAGUUUAGUAGCCCUUCUCUGAACCCUCUCUAAGGUAUCAAUAUCCUUCUGAAGAUACGGUCUCCAGUACUGAGUACAAUACUCCAAGUGAGGUUUCACCAGUGUUCUAUACAAUGGCAUGAGCACUUCCCUCUUUCUACUGCUAAUACCUCUCCCUAUACAACCAAGCAUUCUGCUAGCAUUUCCUGCUGCUCUAUUACAUUGUCUGCCUACCUUUAAGUCAUCGCGAAUUCAUAAAUAUACAUAUAAGAGAAAAAAUAUAAACAUGGCAGCCACAAUGGGCAUUUUAUCCAUCUGCAUGGAGAACAAUUAUAUAACAUGUAAAUAACCUUGUAGCAAGUACAAUAAAAGCUCUUACACCUCAAUGAUUAUAGAUGUUAUUUGCAUGAUGAGAUAUAUGGACAGUUUAUUCAUAUUUGUUUUUCCUGUAAUAGGUUGAUGUGAAGCCAGGAUUACUGAAGAGACCAGCAUCCAGACAGCUUACAAAGGAAACUUUGUGAGUUUUUCUUGGCAGUGAUUAUAAUAGCAAACACAAGUAGUUUUAACCAUUGGGUCAGGAGACUAAAAUGGGUUCUCGUGUCAUACCAGUGGGUGGUAUGGGUCUGAGCAGAGGAGUGUUUCACGGUUCCAUUCUCUUUAAUCAGUUUAUUAAUUACCUUGAAGUAAACAGAAAGUCACAUCUUCGUAUUUGCAAACUAGGGAAUAAUCUGUAAUGUCAGUCAGCUGUUGCAAAGGCCAGUAAGGUUUGUCAGGAAUAAAGAGGGGUAUUAAUUUGUGUUUAUAAAAGUUUGACAUGUAUUUAUGACUUAUUUACUUUAAAUAAAUGCAUCUAAGAAAGGAUAUGAUAACAUCAUAUAAACAUAUUUCGAGAGCACAGCAUGGCUCUCAGGUGCUCUGUUUAUUAAUAGGGCAAAUAACAAGAGGUCAUCCACUGAGAAUUUAAGAAAUUAGAUUUCACCACAGUCAGAGGAAUUAAUCUUUACAAUAAGACCAAUAAAAAUUUAGAAUUCUCUAGAAAGAAUAUUUUAUCAGGUCUAGUAGAUAUUGUUAAAAAAGAAAGAUCUGGAUGCUUCACGGCAAAUAUAUAUGUUUACAUAGCAGGGUUAAUUAACCCUCUAGUGGCUGACUUCCUGACAACUGCUAGAGGCGCUUCUGCGAUGCUGGAUGCGAAAUAGGCAUCCAGCGUGCAGAACGUCCAUAGGAAAGCAUUGAGAAAUGCUUUCCUAUGGACUGUUAGAAUGCGCGUGCGCGGCUCUUGCCGCCCAUGCCAAUUCCGCUCUACUCAGGAGCUGACGUCGGCAGGGCAGGAGAGGUCACCAGCGCCGAGGGAGCCUGGCGCUGGAUUAAGCUAAGCGGCUGAAAGGGUUUUAACCUGACACUAUGUCAUCCUUGGGGGACCCUCACCCUCAGGGUCCCCUUCAGCCCCAUGGCAGGGGGACCCUGAGGGUUAGGGUCCCCAAGGAUGACAUAGUGUCAGGAAAACGGGUUUGUUUUCCUUACACUAUAGCGAUCCUUUAAUGAUAUUACACUUGAAGAAUAAAGAAUUGUUCACUGAGCUUUCUUUUUGAAGAAUGGAUUGCUUAGUUAAAUCUUACCCAUAAUUUCAUAAUAUUAUAACUAAAGAAUAUUAUAAGCAUACAUUUCUAACCUUCUAAAUUUAAAUAACUUUCUCAUUGCAGAAUUCUUCAGCAGUUGCGCAAGGACCAAGAGCAGUGUGUACUGCCUAAUAAAUCUCAAUUCCAGUCAUUAAAUGAUGCUAUUCAGAGACUUCUUCCAUAUCACGUAUUCCAAGGAUCACUGCCAACUGAAGAAGACUUGAAAACAGGUAUUGGUGUAGUGGCAUCUAAAUUUAGAGUUUUAGUGGCCAGUGAAACAUUUCUUUCUUUUUAGCAUACAAUAUUUUGUACGUGUGUUUUAAUAUUUCCAAACCCAUUACAUGAUUGAAAAAUAACAGACUUUUUUCAAGAUAUAUUUAAUGAUUCACUUCAUCACUAUUUUUUUUUUUCAGUGGAUGAUGAGUUUGAGGCUGUGGCUACUCAUCUGUUGAAAAAGACUCAGGCAAUGCUUAAUAAGUACCGCCUGCUGCUUUUGGAAGAUGCUAUGGUGCGUAUUAACAAAAUAACUAUUGUUAUGGUUUAUUUUCACUUUUUUUAUUUGCUGCGUUGGAAAAUAGGAAAUUCAUAAUUAGAAAUAGCAUGUGCUCCCAUUGUUAUGAUUUCUUAAACAUUAUUAUUUUAUUACUAUAUAACAAUUGUGCCCAGAUAUGUAGAGCUACAGUUCUCAAAUUAUACUGUGAUAUUGACAGGAGCACUGGGGUUUAGUGACUGAGACAUUUUCACUGCCGCACAAUGACCUUAUAGUUAUUGUUUGUCAUCUGUUUACUAAAAAUUAAAUAGAAAUGAAAAACAGCUUGCAAUAUAUAUGAUCUUUAAAAAAUUCUCCAGCUCAAGUUCUCCGACCUAAACUUUGCAGAUAAAUUGCACUGAUAAUAUUUUACAAUAAGGAUGAUAAUGUCUGGAUCCAGGUAAAAGUGCACUUAUCCAUCAAAAGAAAUUAUUGACAUUUGGUAGCAGAGCAUUGAGAAAAUAUAUUGUGUUAAAUUUUGAAUGAUUAAGCAGCUUUUAAGAUAAUGUAAUCAUUACUUUAUAUUUAUAUUAUCUGUCUUUUAGGCAAAUAAUUCACAAUAGUAUGUGCUCUUGAGUCUAUAUAGUGCUCUUGACUUCUUCCUGGUUUGAUUGCUCUACUUUAGAACUUAUUUAACUCUGAUUCAAAAGUUAGGGAAUAGAUCAUCUAAGUGGUUUAAUUGCAAGGAAUCUUGGGUGCAGUCGUGAUGUUUUUUUUAUCAAACCAUUUUCAAAUAUUUUUUUUUUUUUUUUUACAAAACUGGGUCUAUUUCCGUAAUCACAGCCUACCCCCUCUGCUGCCACCAAAAUAAAGAGGAAUUGCACUAUUCUCCAGAGUCUAGACAGUUUUGCUGGCCCAAUGCUCACAAGUUAUCGUUGACAAUCAAAUUUGGACAGAUAUUGAAAAAAUUUAACUUCCAAUUAUCUUCCCAGCAAACCUGUAGGGUGUAGCUUUGGGUGCCAAGGAAAAGCUAUUCAAUUCUUAAACCACUAGAAAACAGUUUGACAAAAAGCAGAAGGGCUGCAACCACAGACUCCUUGCAUCACAUGAACACAGAAAGCUGUAAUGGUUUUGGAGCUUUGCAUGCCCUUAUAAACAGAUCUGUUCCAAGGAUUUUCAAACACAAAUUAUUCCAAGAUAGGUAAUUAGUAAUGGAGUAAAAGAAUAACUGAGCAGCUAUUUGCUGCAAGAUAAAUGAUUGUUUGUAUUUUAUGCAUUUAAAUGACAUGUUUUAGGCAUCAGGUACACUUUAACUAGGGCACACCGAUAAGUAGCAUUUAUUUAAUUCCCCUUGUAAAUCUUUAUUGAUGAUUUUGCUCUAUUUCAUAUUAGCGGAUAAAUCCUUCUGCAGAGAUGGUGAUGUUAGAUCGAAUUUUUAACCAAGAAGAAAGAGCUGCUCUGACACGGGAAAAAAGAAUGUCUCUUGUUGACCCAGGUGAAUUAAACAGUAAAUUAAAAUAAUGUGAGACUGCGUACUUGUUUCAUUGUAUGUUAUAUUGGUGAGUUCUUUCAUAUCGGUUUACUUUAUUUGCAGAUGGCUUCCUGACAGAGUUUUGUUGUGCCUCCAAACAUCAGGUGGAUUCUGUUGAGGAAAAAGAGUAUUGUGAUCAUACUGUGGAAAGAAACAAACAAUUGAUUAAUACCAGUUCGAUAACUGAUAUUCAGAAAGGCAAAACAGAUUUAACAGAACCCAAAAAUCAUGAGAAGAUUUGCGUAGUGCCUGAUAUCAAUGUAACAUCUUGUAACAUUAAUGUUUCUUCUGUGAACAGUGUAGACCUUAAUAAAGAUGCUCAGAAGAAGACAGGUGAUCUUCUAAGGAAGAAACAAUCUAACAUGUCUAGAACAAAACUUGAGGAUAAUACUGAGUCCAGUGUUUGUCCUUCACAACCUGGAAUCAUUUGUAAAACAUCAAAGCAAGCAACAAACACCCAAACCUCCUGUGCAGUGGAAUCGAAGGAGGAUAUAACAGAGGUAAAAUCCCUUCGGGAUAAGUCUCCAUGGCCUUCUCCAGAAAGUGGAGGUGAGUCUAAGGAUUCGCCUAGAAGUCCUGGUAAACGUUUCAAAGGUUUGAAUGAGACUUUAAAAGCAACAGUAAAAAAUGCUCUGGAACUGAAAUUAGGUGAAAAGCACUUACAAAAAGAGGUCAGUAGUAGCAGUUCUGCAAAGGGUUCCCCCACCACAACAGAAGAAUCCUGUGCCGGCAAUGCAAUUUCAGAUUCAGAUUCUAGAGAAGGUACAGUGGAAACUGAUUCUGUUUUGGAAGCAGCUGUAAAUAGCAUACUAGAAUGCUAGAGGACCUUUUCACAUUCUUCUGCGGGAAGCAUAUGAUACGUAGCUUGAGAGCAAUAGUAAGAAGAGAAACCUAGCAAGAGGAAUUUCUGCAAACAACAACCUGCUAGAGCUGAGAAGCUCUAGAAGUUGGGAGCAUACCUGCCAUAGACAAUCAGGAUGAAUCUGGAGAAACAGAUGUUUUUUAAUUACAUGUGGAUUAAAACCGAGUUCAUUCAAUGUAAUUUUUUCCUGUAAACAUGCAAUCUUCCCUGAAACACCAUCUACAAAUGUCAGCACAUUGAAAAAUACAUGAUGCCACUUUCACAAUAAUAUGCCUUUUGGAGAUAAAAUGUAAACUUCUCCUUAAAAUCAAUUUUAGAUAUUUUUAAAUUUUAUUUAUAAAACACUGAUUCUAAUGAGAUUUUUGCUUAUUAAAGGGACACUGUAGCACCAUAACCACUUCAACUGAUUGAAGUUCCCAGAUGCCAGAUCCCACAGCACUGUUACAUGGUUUACCUACCAUUUAGCAGAGAUGUUUGGUUCUUUGCAGCCUGUCACAACGGCCACCACUGAAAGUAGGACAAAGGUGGAGUAAUGCUCUGCUUCAUGCCACAAAUUCAUACCAGGGAUUGCUGACAGCAAUAUGCUGUUGACUGUCAGUUGACAUUCUCAGCCUUUCACCUCCCACUACCCCUGGUAUGGUAUGAGGAAGUAUCAUCAUGGAGAGCAGGUUGCUGGAGACCAAGCAUCUCUGCUAUUCGGUAAGUAAAGCAUUUGAUAGUGAUGCAAGAUCUUGUGCUGCAAUCUCUAGGCUCCAUAACCACUUUAAUCAGUUAAAGUGAUUAUACUGCCUGCAGUGCCCUUUAAUUCAAAUACUGAGCCAAGCAUGCAGAAUCCAUGCUAAAACAUGUUAAUGAAAGCAGCAGCAUUUCUUAAUAUGGAAACAUCUUUACUAUGUGCAAAAUGUGCUUCUAAUUCAUAACUGUAUUUGCUAGCAAUACGAGACAUUUGAUCAGCUUUUUAUGUUUGGAGAGAUUGCACCUUAUACUAACAUGUAAUGCUAUUAUGAGGAAAUAGUUUUGAUGAUCAAAGACUCCAUGUGCAGUUUACACAUACCAUUAAAUGUGCUUCUCUUGUUAUCAGAUGUAAACGUCAAAUUCAUUGCUUGAUUUUCUAGUAGUGAUAUUGUAAGCAAUACUUAGAAGAAACAAGACAUAAUAAUGUAUCUGAUAAAACAUAUAAACUUUGCUGCACAGUCAGACUUACAUGCAGGAGUGUAAAGUGCAGCAAUUUGGUCGGGUCCUGAUUAUGAGUGGGAGCCUGCCUGGUUGAAAGCAGCAGAGAGCAAUUUUCCUUCCCAUAUGUUGUGGAGUGAGCCAACCAACUGGUUUUUAGUGCCUUCAUUUCUUCUCUCACUUCAUAGAUGGGCAUUGUCGGUGACAGUCAGACUACACCACAACUGAGAAAUAAGACCUUUAAAGAAAGCUGUGGGGUUUAUUCACUAAACAGUGAUUUGUAGUGAUUUGAGAAUUGGCUUGCACAAUUCAAGUCCAAAUAUCUGAAUAGAUAUUAGAAAAUAUCUAGUUAUUUCCAUAAUUUUCCAUUGUUCAUGGUUGAUGUAGUUAUAGUUAGCUUUAAAAAAACAAAAACAUUUUGCCUGGUAUUUACUCAUUAAAAAAAUACAUUUAAUUUGACAUUUUUUGUCAGAUUCUAAUUACAUUAAAUUUAGUUCUGAACUUACUCUGAACGGCAUAUAUAAAUCACUUUAUUAUAAAGUUAAUGGCUACAGGUAUUGAACAGGAUAUGAUCUGAUCUAACUGUAAAUAUUAUUUACUUUAAAAGGACACUCCACUGCCAAACCCCCUCCCCCCAAAAAAAUGAUGUUUAGUAUAUAUAUUCCAAAUGAAAACAUGCAUGCUUUUAAUUAUGCAUUUGUUCAACUGGGGGUAUAUCUAACAACAGCUUGCAAAAGAUGCAGUUCUUUUGUCUGCCACCUUUGCAAGCUCUCCCCUUCUAACAUAGCCCAGACUCUCUGUGGGUGUCACAGACUUCACAAUGCAGAACAAUGAGACGUUUUUGCAAGCAGUUGCUCUAAACAAUUGCUGUCUCUCGAGUUUAUCUCCACUGAGUUAAACAACAGGAAGUAAAAGGACAUGUCUGAUUGACAGCCAGGUGGGUGUAACAAUGUUAAUUUAUAAAAAGUGAGAAUUUCUCUUAAAAUGUGCACUUUUUGUAAAAUGAAAAAAAGAGUAAACUCUCUCCACACAUAAAGCAUUUCAGCAAGCUAAAGUGCUUUGGGGUCAGGAGUGUCUCCUUAAUAGCCAUGCAUAGUGAAUUGGAUAUAAUACAUGUCUCGCUCCACCAAUUUAGUUUGUUUUAAAACAUAUUAUUCCUACUCAUUAAAUGUAUGUAUUAGAACAAGAAAGUUAAGUUGGUUGGAAGGGUAACCAGGGCAGUCUCUAUUUCCUAACCUAGUAAUGAUAGCAAUAUUAUUGGCAACUAAUCUGUAUUUAAACAUAAACAUUAGAUUCUAGCCAUUUGGGGUCUUCAUAUGAACCUACAGUGUAGUCUAGGUCAUUUUAAGACAUUUACAUCCCAUUGCAAUUCUAAAUGGCUGCUGCCUAUAUGAUCUUCUCUUAGGACUUUUACAACCCAUUUCAAUUCUAAAUAACUGCUGCCCUUCUGAUAUACUCUACAUGUGACGGUUAGCAUUGGAUAUAAUAGUUAUAUAUCAAUAUCUCUUUGAUUCAUCUCUUGAAGUAGAUUUCUCAAGAUUUGUACCAAAGAUAUACUGGUAAGCAUGAGUAAGCAAAAUUAGUUAAAUCUCCAAAACAAUUAUAUUACAUACUCCAAAACCAAAGUAACCAGCAGUUCCUUUUUCAGUUGCUAGAUUAUUAAUUACUGAAUCAAAUGUUAUUCCUGAACAUUAGAUUGUUUUUCCAUUAUCAGAUUGUAUAUAUUUAUUUUCUCUUCCUUACCAUCACUAAUGAAAGUAUGUUUCUUUAAGAAUAAAAGGGACAAGGAGAUUAAUGCAUUUUUAUACUCUUGAUAAAGGAGAGGGAAAAAAAAUCUUUCUAUUAUUUAAUGAAAAUAAAAACAAUAUAUAAAUGGUACUAAUAACAUUUCAUAUACUUAGCCAUUGGUUAUAGGUUGUGUUUUUAUUUUUGUGUUUACCAACAUCUCGUUGUAAAAUGUUAACCAUUUUAGUGCCAAACUUUAAAAAAGUUUCCCUUUAAAUGGCAUGCUUCAACUGUCCAGGUCAUAGCAAUGCUAUAAUGGUAUUGUAACCAUAAGGGCACAAAGUCAUUACAGUACCAUUUAUAAAGGCAGGUGUCAUUGCAGUUUGGUGUACAGAAGUAAUUAACCCUGUGUUCUUAAAGUUGGCAAACAUAGGGUUAAAACCAGUGUGUCUUAUUUUUACUGAAACCUUUUUUAGUAAUUGAGGAUACCCAGCAAAGAGUUUUACAUUGAAGGAAAUGUACUAAGUAGUGGCAAAACUCCACAGUGAAAAGGUUCUGUACUGGAGUCUCCAACUUUCACCUGAGGUUGCUGUACUAAAUUUUCUGCAAUUCUAUCAGCCUUACUCACUAUAGUGAGAAUUGCCAGGAAGCAAAGUGAAUUUCUAAAUUUAGGCCAAAAUCGUUGAAUUAGAAAAAUUCUACAAGUCAGUUCAGUUUGAAUUCCUGGAAAUACUCACUUUAGUGAAAGAGCUGGUAUGGAAAGUACUCUAACAACAGGUGGAAGACCUAAUUCCUAUUCCUUUGCUGUUCUAUGAAAGUUUCUUUGUAAAGCUAAACAGUAUGCAAUAUAGACACUUGGGGGAUUUAAAACUACUUUGUUAAUCUCUCCUUUCCAUUAUAGGCAAUGAUUAAAGUGGAACUGUUACACCUGACACCUUUACUUGACAAGAUAAUUUAUUUAGUUUUAAUUUGAAUUCAAUGCUGGGCUAUUCUGGCACAAUUAAAGCAGACCAAGUAAAUUCUUUUAACCCCAACUGUCCACAGGUAUGACACCAUGGAAGGAAUGCCCAAGUGCCAUGUGCUAAUGCGGUAUUUCCAAUGCACAUGAUCCUGCCUAGAGAAUCACAGGAACAUGACACGGCCCUGGUCACAGAAUUGCUGUGGAAUGGAGUGUGUUUUCUCUUGCCAUCACUGCACUAUUUACCCCAGAAAAAGACUUCAACCAUGUUUAAAGGGACACUAUAGGCACCCAGGCCACUCAUCUCAUUGAAGUGGUCUGGGUGGAGUGUCGCUGUCCCUUUUGUUCUGCGAUGUAAAAUAUUACCGUUUCAGAAAAACUGCAAUGUUUACAUUGCAGGGUUAAGACUGCCUCUAGUGGCUGUCUACCAGACAGUCGCUAGAGGCGCUUUCUACAGGACACUGGAUAUCCUCAUGCUUUGAUGACGUCCAGAGUCAUCUAAAUAGCCAUCGGAAAGCAUUGAUUCAAUGCUUUCAUAACGGGAAGGCCAUGCAUGUGGGGGCAGAGGGACACUAUAGUGUUAGGAAUACAGUUUUUUAUUCCUAACACUAUAGUUUACUUUCAAACUGAUGAAGGAAUGAUAACUGUCACUUAAAGGCAUGACAAUUCCACGUUAAUGAUUUCAAAUUUAAUGUGCUAGUCAGGACAGACAUGUCAUCAAAUUAAUUUGUUGUACUUUGUAUUCGUUUUUUUCAUAAGUUACUUUUUAUUAGUUAUUUAUUUGGAAGAUUUCUUUCUAAAUCUUUAAUGUUAUAACUAUGGAAAUUAUACUAUACAUAACAAAACACCAUUUAAAUCAUUUAGGAAAAGAAAUCUGAGGUUUAUUCUCUUCAAAUAAAAAUGAUAAUAUUCAGUAACAGUACAAUCAUGUUUCCAUGAAGAUUAUGUGCAAAUUUCUACUGUUCCCUGAGCUUUUUCUUGCCCAAAACUUCAGAAUGCAAAGCAACACUUAUUCUGUUUGUUAAAAUAAGUACAUCCUUUUCUGAUGGCACUACGCCACCUACACAGCAUUUACCAAGUGAGUGCAGAGCUUAACAAGCAGUGAUGGACAACUUUUCAAACGGCAGCUGCUCUAUUUUCCAUAAUGCAAAACUAUUAUUCUAUGGAAAUGCUGAGGUAAUAUUUAGCCAUCACUGGCUUACACGGCAGGCUUUCAGAACUGUGCAGCAAACCUAAAAUAGGCAGAAAACCAGCUAUAAAGCAAGCUAUCUUGUCCUUUUUAAUAUCAACGGUAACAUUACAUUUUUGGUGAAAUUUCCAAUGAGUCCAACAACAAUUUUAAAACUUUGUUAUUUCCACUUCAGUUUAUGAUUCUUCUAACAAAUUGCAUGUAUCAUUAUUUGUCCACUACAUACUCACAACAAAUACUAUUUAGGUGUCAGAGAGUCCCUAUAAUAAUAAUGCAUAUACUUAUAUGCAUGUGUCCUAUGUAGCAGUCGUAAUGUAUGAGAUAGUUUGUUUUGUGUGACUUUGAUUUCGUGUCUUCAGUGCAGUUGUAAAAGUAAAUCUAGGUGAUAUGCUCCAUUAAACACUUACAUUUAUUUUAAUCUCAUAGACAACCAUAUAUGUUCUGUCAAAUUAACCGCAAUUGUAAACAGGACCAUUUUCUGUCAGUUUAUUGCUCUUUAUGUUAUCUGUGCUGAGUUGUUGAUAUAGAUCAGGCAUAGGCAACAUCUGCCAUUCCAAAUAACAAGGAUGACAUUUUCUACCAUGUUCUGCCCACCAAAAUGCAGGGCAUCGUGGGAGAUGCAGUUCAGUACUUGGAAUAUCAGAUGUUCUGUAUCCUUAAUGCAGGCAUUGCCAAUUACUCCAUAUUACUCCAUAUUACAAAUCAUAGAAUAAGAUGACAUUUCAGAUAUAGGCUAGGACUCUUAACAGUCUAGACACAACGAUAGGAAAGUAAGUGCAGAUAAAUAGUUUUGUUAUGUACGUUUGACACGAAAGGAUAUAAUUGUUUAUACAUUCUUAUUGCCAUUCUUAUUUUUUUUUUAUUUGUGCCAAUUUUAAGAAUAUGUAUAAAUAUUUGUAGCAUUUCAACAUUCCCCAUUGGAAGGUUAACAAAAGUAAUGCCAGUUUUAAAUGUAUUUAUUUAAUGAAGUCUUGUGAAGCACUUAUAUCAAAGUAUAUUCAAUGUAUACCAGUACAUGUGGGUUUGAUGGAUUUUUUUUACAUAUGCAUUGAACAAAGUAUGAAAAAUUAUUCUGCUGCUUUUUUGCGGGUUCAGUUACUAACUGUUGAGUUAUAAUGGGUCUAGCACCAAGUGAACAAUUAAGGGUGAGAUAGCCAGAUAUGAACACAUCUCUUACUUUUUAUGUCAACUUGGCUAUCACAAGCUGCAUUUUGUAAUUCUUUAUCAAUACAUCAUAACUUAGUGUUUAAUGAAAAAACUCCUUUCAGUAAAGCAUAUGGUUACUGAACAGUUAAGAUAAAAAAUACAUUUUAAAAUAAACGUACAUAUAAAAUUUUCCGCUUUGCUGCCUUCUAAUUAAUUUUGUAUCUCAAACAUUGAUGCUAUCAUUCAGUGAAAAUCAUUUAGCUGAACAUGGAAGGAGAGGAGUCAGCUAUUUUACUUGACAUCGGUUUUAACGUUAAACAUAGCCUUAAGUAGACAAUUUGAACAAGUUUUAUUUUUUAUCUGCUGUGAUCACAUUAGAUAUUAAAUGUUGUUAUACUAAUUAUACAGAUUAUCAAACUAUAUAACAUUAAAACAUUAGAAUACUUUUCUAGUCUGGACUUACAGCAACCAUUUUAUUACUUCCAUUAAAUUUAAGAAAGUAAUAUUUUUUGAAUGGAAAAUUAAUUUGAACAAAAUAUCUAAAUGAAGCUGCAUAUAAUUAAAAUUUUUUGUAACCCAUUUUAUAUAAUGAACUGUAAAACAUAUUUUUUAAAAUUAUCCUGUGCACAUGUAGAAAGAUAUUACUUUCAUUAAUAAAUAUUAUUUUAUAUAAUAAAAUAAUGACAUAUCUUUGUCAUUAGCAUACAGGAAGUCUGCUGGAUUCAACUGCUAAACUUAAGACCGGGGGCAUUUAAUUCAAUGCAUGUGUACUCAUUUAUCUUUUGUACAGUGAUGAGGAAUAUUUUGGUGUUUUAUAAAUGAUAUCAAUAAAACAUGAAGCAAAUCAUGAUACUUAACUUUAGUCAUCCUUAAAUUGAAUUUUCUUACACGUGUUAAAGGGCAUAGUUUGGUGUUAAACAUUAUAAAUUAUUUUCAAAUUAGAACACCUGGCUAGCACAAAAAAUUUGAUAUUAGUUACUCCUCUACAUUCAUAUAUUAAUUUAUGGUAGCAGCAAAGACUAGUAAUGGAUAAAAACGGGAAACAAAAAGGUAACCGGGACUAACAACCACAUUUCUAUAAUCAUUGUUGUUGCAUUUAAAAGAUCCAUCAAUCUUUAUUUUGCUGUGUAUGUGUUAAUAUAUAUAUAAAAAUAUAUUUCCUCUUGUCAUGAGGUCAUUAGAUAAACAAGCUUUAUGCGUCUUUCUUGAAUAUUUGAUUUUGAAUGUAGCGACAAUAACAUUGGAACCAUUUCACAAACAGAGUAUUGUAAUCUGCGUGGUAUGUUAAAUUACUCCGUACACGUGUGGUGGUCACUAAUUGGAUGGAUAUCACUGUGUCUGUUGUUGUUAUUAUGAAUUGUAUAGAAUCCACAAUCUAUUAAUGUUUGUCUUGUUUUCAAAUUCGGAUAACAGAUGAGAGUGAGUUGUUAUUUGUAAAACAAAAGAACAAUUCUGGGGUAAUUUUCUACAAGUGGAGCAAUAAGCAGAAAUGUUUUUGGUUUCCAUGGUAAUGUGUUCCACAUUCAGAACGUUGCCACACAAUUGAAAUAUAUAAAUGACCCAUAAUUUAAAAUUCACAAUGUGACAGUCACUGCCUUGUAUACUUUCCUGAAAACUUACCUAUAUUCUUUGUAUUUUAUUGUGUUUUCUUUUCUAAUGCUUUUUUUAAUGACUGCAUCUGCCAACCAUUCUUUUCCAAUUCUAUAUAUUUUUUUGAUAAUGUAAUUUUUAGGAAAAUAUUUUAUACUGCAUAUAUUUAAUAUUUUGGUAAGAAAAUUUAAAACUGGCAAUUACUUCAGCAGUUUUAACUGGAGUGGUGACAAGCAUUUGCAGUAGCAAAAGAGGCUUCAGUAGUGGCCACUUAUACAACAUGUUUUCCAUUUACAUUUUUUUUGAAUAAUUUUUAAUUUUUUUUUGUUUUGCUGAUAUUCAUUUGUUUGUAUAGAAUGUCUCACAAAUUGCUUUGUAUACAUUUUGUAAAAAUAUUUAUAAAAUGUUUUGUAAAAAAAAAACUACUAUAACAAAUUGCAGUUUAUUUUGUUAUGUUGGGUAAAUAAUGUUAAAUGAUGGAAGCUGUAAAUACAAUGUUAAUUUCCUGGUUAGAAAACUGUUUGGCUGUAAAUUACACAUUAAAAUAAUCAUUGCAAUACAACCAAA